AUGGUCCAUAACGAGCAGGUAGGGUCAGAGCUGGAUGCACAGACCCUUUCAUCCUCCAUCUUAUCUCCUUUGCAACCUGCGGCACUGAAAUAUGUUAUCCAGGCCUCCGUCUCCUCACUUACCCACUGCCAAAUGAUCCUGAUGGGGCGAGGAGAAAGGCCAAAGCCUAGAGACCCGUACAUGUGUCCUACCAAGAGUGUGAGCUGUAGAGCGAGCUGUCAAGCUCCAUUUUAAUGCCCACAAUAGAGGGCUGUUUUUUUGUUUUAUUUUCUUUUGUUUGGUUGUUAUUUUUUUUACUUGAGUGCCUACACCCUCUUUGUUUCUGUAAGGACAAGAUGUUCUUUGGAUACUACAGAACCUUGGAGGAACAGCAGACCAUCGUGUUGGUUGGCCUUACCAUCCCAGAAACUGCUCCCUUCAUUUCUCACCUUGCCGCAAGUGUUUGUCACAAUACAUGGAUAAAUGUUCAGCCCAUCUCCAAAGCUGUGGUACCUGCAUUGUUUAUUUCAAGAGAUAUUUUGAGCCCUGUACUCUGUUGCUUGACAUUGUGGUAGCACAUCUUCCCUGAAGGAAUGCAGAGCCUCCUAUUGGCCACGCAAUUGCAGAUAGCCUUGCAUACCAAAUAUGCAGUGUUCAGCUGCCACUAUCCUGGCCACACAUGUAAUGACAUCCUUGUACUUUGUAUAUCUAUUACCCAACAUCUAACCACAUUAGCAAUCAAACUACACACAAACUGACCUAGCACGAUGGACGAGAGCGCUGGUUUACCAUUGCAGAUCCCUGAAAAAUACUGUUCUGAUAAUGGAUUGUGUCCUCGAAAGUGGAUGAUUAGUGGCUAUUGUACGCUCAAGAACAGCAAAGAAAAGGCCAGCAAUAAAACAGCGCUUCAGGUUUUAUUAAUGUUUUUUAUGGUUAUCCUUUCCAUGUACUAACGGUGCAUGUUUACGGACAACGGACCCAAAGAAACAAAAUUGGUUCACUUGUGAACAGUCCCCCUCCCGCCAUGAUAUCACAUACAAAUGUAGCAGAACUUUAUAAUAUGUCUACUGAGAACUACGGUAGGAGUGGAUCACUACAUCAAGCUGUGAUCUCCCACUCUCUGGUGUGUUGUGAGCAGAGCUGGGGGCCCUUUUUCUUUCCACACCGCAACUAAUCACUAAUGCUGCAGCCGUGUCUCAGAACAUUAAUCUGCUGCCUUUCAUGCAUAAUGACCAGAUCCCUACAUGACAGGAUUAAACUCUGAUUAGAACAGGAUUUAAACACAUUACCCACCGCAUGACAGAGUUAAAAGCAAGGUGCCCACGCAAAGUCUGUGGGGAAAGGGGGAGAAAGAAAAUGACUUGACCACCAGAUAAAAUUCAGUAAUGUAUUCUGGACCAGUCCUUGAAGCAAGACUUAACCAUUAAUUUAACUCCCACUGAACCAUUCUCCUAACUGUAUUAAAGCUUAGUGUCAAAGAUCCGCCUUAGUGAUGGUGUCUAUUCUAAGAAGAAGAAGAGGCCGGGAAAUCCCAUGAUCUGUCUAUUGGUAAGGCAUGAUACAGGUAUAACCCAGAGAUAGCAAGGGCUUUGGAAUAAAUGAAAAGAAGGCAGUUACAUAAAAAGCAGACUUUUCACAUGUUCCAAAGCAGAAAUCUUACAUUGCCCCCAUUACGCCUAAUCAAGAAACAGAGCUUAAUCCUGUAGGAUGUGACACUCACACUUUGCAUCUUGCCUCUGGCACGCUCUGAGUUUUAUCUGCAACGAUCCCUGUCGUAAAGUUAGAUUUUCCACCCAUCUGCCUGAAUUCUGGAUCCUUUUUUCCCAGCACAGAGCUGAUCACCUUAAAACAAAAAUCUUACAUUACAAUUCCUCUAAUCGCGUCAUUUUUUUAACCAGAAAAGCAGUGAUUCUCAAUAUUACAAGUAUUUGUAUAGUACUUCCAUCCCCACCUCAAGCUGCCCACGGGGUUUAUUUUUAUAGUACUCCCAUCUGCAGCGUAAACAGAUUCAGUCGAGUUAUAAAGGGAGUGGUUCUAGGUAGGCACCAUCUUUGUGAUCUUAAUCCCUGCCCUAGGUACAGACCCCCAGAGAUGAGCCCGUCCUUGCAGAUCAGUGGCUCCCUCCAGCAAAUGUGGGAAUACAGAGUGUGAAAAAGAAUGAGUGUUUGUAAAUAUAUCUUAAUCGUAUAUAUCUCUCUGUCUAUAUAUGUAUACGGUCUUUCUAUCCAUGUAUACAUGUUGACUGAAUUGUAAAUACUUUGAAGUGGUUCCUUUGUCAUGUCUUCUAUGAAGGCAGAAUUCGCACCUAUGCAAUGCACAGACACUUUUCAGAGAGAAUAAAUGACAGACCUUUUUAAAGAACUGCUUUGGCUGUGAUUUUCAUAUUCUGCUGUUAAUCUAUAAAAACAAUAAAAUCUAUAAAAAUCACCAUCCUGCUGACUCCUGUUGGGUGGGUGAGAAGGGGCCAUUUGAGCACACACAAUCCAUAAAACCAUUUGUCAUUUAUAGGAAAGGAACAAUUUCGGUUCUCUUGGAAUGUUGAGUAAAUCCGUAUAGUUCUUAAUGGAGCACUGCCGGCUGAAAUUAUUAUUAUAGCUCUGUACAAUGGGCAAAAUCAAGGUUAUACUGAAGAUAUAUAUAUAUAUAUAUAUAUAUAUACAUAUAUAUAUAUAUAUAUAUAUAUAUAUAUAUAUAUAUAUAUAUAUAUAUAUAUAUAUAUAUAUAUAUAUAUAUAUACAUACAUACAUACACACACAUUGUAUUUACUUGUAGAGAAAACUCAAUCAUGUUCCGUGUGUAAUGGAUCUGAAUGGGGUUUACAUGUAGAGAGAUAAAAAUGGUGGAAUGUCAAAUCAGGGCAGGAUUAGUUAUCGUGGUCCAGUAAGUGUUAUACAAUCAUUGUCAUACAUGGGUUACCUGGAAUGGUUUACAUUUCUUUGUAUUUUAGUGUGAGCGGUAGGAAGCGAGAUGUGAUAAUGCCCAGUUUUGCUGCCCAAUGAUCCAGUCCCUACAAAUAUAAUGUUAGCAUUUUGCUUAGUCUGUAAAGUGAUCCCCAGAACUGACACCUUAUAUAGCUACUAUAUCAUGGAGUCACAAUUUCUCCUAAAUAACUCAGAAUCAAGGAAAACAAUGUGUCCUUAUUGAAAUAGUCCAUUCGUUUUGUAGCUUCCCUAAGACUUUAUUCACGUGUCCUGAUGAUUAUCCCAGAAAAGGGCUGUUACUAUUCAGAAGUGAUCGUAUAACAGCAGAGAGGAAAAAGCGAGGACUUCUUACAUGUAACUGUCAAUAACUGCCCCCAUCCCAACCACCCACUAUAAGGAACUUAAAAGUAACACCUCAGGCACCAUAAUAAUUUCUUUCAAUGCAGUUUUUAUGGUGCCUGGAGGUCCUAGGUGUCAUCUUACAUUAAGAGGUUAAACGGUUUUACCCAAAAGUUGUCCAAACGUCGCUUGUCAGCUUAGCCUCUUCUCUCUAUCCAUCCCCCCCUCCCCCCCAAGACUUCAUUCCAGGCAAUUCUCCAUCAAAGUAGGGGGUGCAACUGUAUAAUUCACAGCUACAUAUGGUGAUUGGUUUAUUCUGGCAUUUCCCUCUAAAACACCAAAUGUAAGUAGUGUGACUUUAAAAAUACAGUGUGUGUGUGUAUAUAUAUAUAUAUAUAUAUAUAUAUAUAUAUAAUUAAAAAAAUAACCAUACCAUACCAGGGGUUCUCCAAACACUAGUCACUUUCUCUCCAUUAGGAGCCAGAAACUACCGCAUGGUUCUUUAGUUGGCCUCAGGUAGCCAUCUUAUAGCUGCAGGAAAGGAGGUGAUUGAUUGACCCCAGGUAUGUUGCAAAACUAUUUUCAAACAGUUUCACUACUUACUUUAGGAAGGCAAUUCUCAUAGCAUAGUGGUUAUAGUGCUUGGACUGUUCUUUUACCUUCAACCUAUUAUCUUAAAAAUAAAAACAUGUUGUAAGAUUCCAUAAGUUGACCCUUUACUCAAUCAUAAAUUUAGUUACACAUAUGAAGGGGCAGGCCAAUGUUCUCUGCAUAUCUCGAGAAUACCUUACCUUGCCAUCAGCUGGAUCAAGAGAGACAAAGGGAGAUGCAUUAAACAUUAAGAAACUUUAGCGCUUGAUUAUGUUAUGAAGUGAUAAAUGGACAUUUUAUUAGAUGGUGAUCUAAAAUCAUCUUUAAGCCAGGCUCCGCUUCCUUGCAAAGCCGAGGAUAUAUUUCUCAUGACCUGUCCUCAGACAGUGACUGCUUGUACAGAACACAGACUCAAAAGCAGAACUUUGCAGAGUCUCUAAAUUAUGGAUGGAAUCACAAUUACUCUCUCUAAAGAAACAGGGUUUGUUUUCUGUGGUUAAAAAAAGAAAUGCUAUGAUUUUGAUUGGUGCUGUAUAAAGCAUGAUCCAUUAACAGACCAAAGGAAGAUGGCUUGCUCUUACUUGGACUUCUGGAAAACAUUUAGACUAACAUGGAUAAAAUAUCAGGUGAUUGUAUAUCAGAAUAUUUUCUUUAACUUUAAUCAUGUAUGAAAAGUUAAAGGGAAGACAAAAACCAUGACUAACUCAGAGUGCUAGAUUUACUUAGCAAGUGUGUUAAAGGGACACUAUAGUCACCAGAGCAUCUACAGCUUAUUGAAUUUGUUCUGGUGAGUAGAAUCAUUCCCUUCAGGCAUUUUUCAUGCAAACAUGGACUUUUCAGAGAAAAGGCAGUGUUUACAUUGCCCCCUAGGGAUACCUCCAGUUGCCACUCCUCAGAUGGCCACUGGAGGUGCUUCCUGGGGCAGUUCAGCAUCUCCACGGAGACGCUUCACUUUCAGCAUUGAUUCAUUUUAUCUAUACGAGGAGGUGCUGAUUGGCCAAGUCAACGUUUGGCCCCACCUCCUUGCCGAUUUCAGCCAAUCCAAUGUUUUUCUAUGUGAAAAAGCAUUGGAUUGGCUAAAAAUUGUAAAGUCUUAUGUCACCAAGGAUGCAAACCUGAGCAGCGCUGAAAAUAAGGGGAGUUUAAACACCUAAGGGACAAGCAACCUAAAUGGAGGUUUUAACAGUACAAGGUCAGGAAUACAUGUCUGUGUUCCUGACCCUAAAGUGCUCCUUUAAUGCAGCAGUUUUGCUAUAUAGAUCAUGCCCCUUCAGUCACAUUGCUCAAUUAUCUGCCAUUUAGGAGUUAACUUACUUUGUUUAUGCAGCCCUAGGCACUCCGCCCUAUGAGUGACUCAGAUGGAAGCAGUGUUACUCACUUUAAUGUUAGUUGUCCGAAAUCCAAAGUGAAUUUAAUGUCUAAGCCAAAACAGCCAAAUGGGGAGGGGGAGUAAUUUAGGCUAUUUUCGUCGAAAAACGUAAACUCACUUUGAAGUCCCGACAAUUUACACUUUAAAAUGGAAGUGAAUAUCAGCUCUCCCCAAUGUUCUAUCUGGCACACUGUGACACCUUUUAGUGGAUUCAGGUCUGACGGUUUUAUCUAUAAAACAAAACAAUGCUAUCAACUUCACUGGGGCAGCAGUAACGGCCCAAUAACACAUGAACCAGAUUCCAGUCUGCACAACCUUAUUACCCCUUAGCAGACUACACUCAUUCCAAUCAGAAAUCAAUAAUACCCGAUUAGCAGUAACCCUUAAAUGCCAAUGAUAUGUGGCUCUACGUGAUGGGGGGAAAAAAACAUAUUUAAAAUUAUACUUAAACGUAAGACUAUGCUCUGGUACACAAACAGUUACUAUUUUAGUUCUAUGGCACGCAAACUGUUAAUAACUUAGUAUCUUCCCCUCUGGCACACAAAUGUUUUUUUGCCAUUAUCUGGCACAAAAUUAGUUAUUUCUCUCUGGCACGCAAACGGUUAAGCUACUGUUUUCCUUCUGGCCCACAUAUGGUUAAUAUUGUCUCUCUCUGGCAUGCAAAUGGUUAAAAUGUCACUCUUCUGGCACACAAACAGUUAAUAACUUAGUAUCUUUCUUUCUCCUCUGGCACAGAAAGAGUUAAUAAAACACUCCUGUCAGACUAUUUAUCUACUAAAAAACAGGAAAGUUUCUUACCUGAAACACACAGACACACCGGGGAGAUCCUGUCCGAAACACUAACAGCUACAAACUAAUGCUGGGAACCAAGAAAACGUCCCCCUCCUCAACACCGCAUACCCACCCACCCUGGGGUGCAUUUCAUUUAUAGAUCUGGUCUCCACCCACUUCCAAUCAGAAAUCAAUAACACAUGGGCAAGCAUUGCAUUAACCCUUUCCAAGCCGCCCCAGAUAAUCAUUAACCCUUUGCUGGUCGCUCCAACAAAUCAUUAACUCUUUCCUGGCUGCUCAAACCCUCCCACUUACAAACGGUAUCCCAUGAUCAGUUAUUAAUUUAAUUCAGGCUGUUCUGCCCAGUUGGUAACUGUUUCCUGGCUGUGCCACCAAUUAAAGGGACACUAUAGUCACCUAAACAACUUUAGCGUAAUGAAGCAGUUUUUUUUGUGUAUAGAUCAUGCCUCUGAAGUUUAAUCACUUUUGUUUCUGUUUAUGCCGCCCCAGCUCCCCUGGCUGUGAGUGACACAGACUGUAUGAAAACACAAUGCUUUCAUUUUCAUUCAGCUGUUACUUACUUUAAACGGUUUUAACUCCUGCUCUGUAAAUGUAAACUUUAAUCACAUACUGGAGGUCAUGCAGCGUGUAACAUGCUUUUAACAGAACAGGAGAUAAGAAAUUCUAAAUUAAAAACACUUUGCAAUAAAGGAAGUGUAAACAUUAGAUACACUUUACAGGAAGUGUUUAGAGGGUCUGUGCAAGUCACAUGCAGGGAGGUGUGCCUAUGACUGCAUAAACAAAGUGAUUUAACCCCAAAAUGGCAGAGAAUUGAGCAGUGGGACAGGAGGGGCAUGAUCUAUAUACCAAAACUGCUUCAUUAAGCUAAAGUUGUUUUGGUUACUAUAGUGCCCCUUUAACUCUUACCAGACACUACCCCUUCCAGUCAGCAGGUAAGAAUGAUGGAAACAAAGAAUAAAAUAUGAAAAAGGAACAGUGUCACUAAUAUAAAGUGCCUACCAGCUCCACUUGUUUCCAUGACGACUGCUGCAACUUUAUCAAAAUCGUACAAAACACAAGAUAGUGCAGGUAAUGGCUGAAUAUAAUGAGCAAAUACUUAAGUAUUGUGGAUAGAUGUAGUGAUUUAAAACAAAUAAUUUUAAAAAUUCUUGACCCAAAGUACACCGGGUGGGAAAACAUGUGAAGCCACUUGCCUGACCUCCAUGAAAACCCAGAAAUACUCAGUUAUUGGCAUUAACUCACCUUUGCAAGAGUGACUCAAACGAAUGAAUAGCAAAUAUUUAAUUAACUACGCAUUAACAUUAGGUGGGUGGGAUGGGGGGAGUGAAGGAUUUUACACCACAUGCAUGUAUUUUGGAAGAAGCAGAAUAGCAUUGCGCCACCUAAAUAGUGUUAACUGGUAAUUUAUAAUCCACCAACAUGUGGACUUGGCUUGAUAAAGAAGAUCCCUUUGUGGGUCGAAACACUGCUGAAUUAAAAAUUCCUAGCUAGCACCAUUCUGGUGUGGCGACUAAUUUAUUUCUUGCUCUUCCAAGGACCUGACAAAAUCUCUGGAGGACGCAUUCUGACGUUUGUAUUCACGAUUUUCAGGUUUCCUUAAAGACACUUCCAUGUAUUUUGGGACUUACUACAAGGAAACACAAAGUAAUAUUAGCACUAUAACGGAAUGUGGCGGUUAUGAAGCCUAAAGUACCGAGGCGUCAUCCACCAGUUAAUGGAGUUAGUCUACGUGAAACGUUUAGCCUAUAUAUGUUAAACACUACCUUUCAUUUAUAUUUAAAAAAUUAUAAAAUAAAUGUAAAGUGCACAGUUUAGGAUUUCUGUCUAGCAGUUGCUGUAAUCCACUUUCUGAAACAAGUGUUUUGGGGGCUCUUAGCAGCAGAAAUUUUAAAAAGUGCUAACUGCAUUUAAACCAACACUUUAUUAAUAAACUGUUUAGGAAUCGAUUGAUAAAAACCCAGGCUUUUCCCAGGACAGAGGAAGUUGGAGGGGGUGGGUUAGCCCGUCAUCCUCAGCCAAUCAGAAUCAUCAAUGUCCAACACUAAUAACGCAGUGAUAAUUCAAUGUGGUUGAGGUAAAAGGCUUGGUUAAAUAUCCAAUUUUUCCCCUUAACAGUUUAAUAUUACACCUGGAGACUGUGACACUCUAGGCCAGGGAUAGUCAACCUUCCGAACCCCAGAUGUGUCUUACAUCUCCCUUGAUACUUUGUCAGCAUUGUAGCUGUGAGAGCAUUAUGGCAGAUGUAGUUUAAAAUAUUUGGAGUGCCGAAGGUUGCCUUCCCCUGCUCUAGGCAAUCUAUUACAGAAAGUUGUAGUGGUUAUGUUGCUGAGAGUGUCCCGUUAGUGUGUACAGUCUCUUACAGUUGUCAUUUUUCUAAGCAAAUCCUUGGUUUUCUAAGUAUAUUUAUUUUAUCAAUCAAUGGUAACAUGUUUUGCGGUUAGCAUGGAAUAGCGCAGCCGCCAUUCCUUUCAUUUCAGCUGUUUUUCUUUCAUUUUUUAUCUACAACGAAAACCUAUCUCUGGCAGGGUAUUUUUGGUUGAAAAUGGCAUUAAAUGAUAAGUAAAUAUUAUAAUAUUAUAGCUUACUACUGCAGAAGGUGCAAAGUAUAAUCAUUUAAAGGCACGGGGAUCUAUUGUAGAUUCUAGUAAAGUAAAAGCCUAAAACAGCUGUUAAUUAAAAGCUCUCUAACUAAGCUAUAGUCACAGCUCAGCUAUUUUAGCCUUAAUUUUGCAAUUCAAUUUUCAGUUCACUACAAACUGGAUUUUCGUGAAUAAAUGUGAAAACAUUUUAGAUUCAAAACGGCAGAAUUAACAUUCAGAAUUCACAUCUAUUAAUUUAAAAAAAAAAUUAUGUUCUAAAUCAUGAUGUUGUUUACUGCAUGGGGAGUCAAUGAACGGCGUGAUUUGUGAAGUGAUGGCGUCUUCUGUCCAACUUGUUCGUAAAAUACAAAGUCAACGAAGUCUCUCUUGAUAUCAAAGCGAGGUGACAGGUAUUCUGGGUGACGAAAACAUAAGCAGACUGUAUGUUGAUACUGAUGAGGAAAAACAGCUGUUAGAGCAAAUUGAGAAAGCUGCACAUCUGGGUAACACAAUUAUUGGAGAUUUUAAUUACCCGGACUUAGAUAGGGAUACAGGGAUCAGUGGUUCAGCAAGGGGAAUCAGGUUUUUGAACCUGUUAAAGGACCACUCUAGGCACCCAGACCACUUCAGCUUAAUGAAGUGGUCUGGGUGCCAGGUCCCUCUAGUAUUAACCCUUUUUUUUAUAAACAUAGCAGUUUCAGAAAAACUGCUAUGUUUAUAAAUGGGUUAAUCCAGCCUCUAAAUCCUCUAGUGGCUGUCUCAUUGACAGCCGCUAGAGGCGCUUGCGUGCUUCUCACUGUGAAAAUCACAGUGAGAAGACGCCAGCGUCCAUAGGAAAGCAUUGUAAAUGCUUUCCUAUGAGACAGGCUGAAUGCGCGCGCAGCUCUUGCCGCGCAUGCGCAUUCAGUCGAAGAGGAGGAUCGGAGGCGGAGAGGAGGAGGAGAGCUCCCCGCCCGGCGCUAGAAAAAAGGUAAGUUUAAACCCUUUUCUCACCAUCCAGCCCGGCAGGAGGAGAACCCUGAGGGUGGGGGCACCCUCAGGGCACUAUAGUGCCAGGAAAACGGGUAUGUUUUCCUGGCACUAUGGUGGUCCUUUAAGUGAUACCUUCAAGUCACACAACUGGUAGAAGGACUAUAAAGUAAGCUUGUCUGAAUCUGGUUAUAACAAACAAUACUGACCUUUUUGACAAACAUUUAAGUAAGUGAUCACAAUAUAGUGUCUUUUGAAAUAAACUCAAAAAAGUAAAUGCACAUGGGGUAUGUUAAAAUGUGUAAUUUUAAAAAGGACAAUUUCAAUAGGAUUACGAUAGCUUUACAACUCAUUGACUGGUGAAAAAAACACAGAGAUGAUUAGUAGUGAUGUCCCGAACUGUUCGCGAACGGUUCGCCGCGGACUCCAGUCAGCAGACACAUUCCAGCCAAUCAGCAGCAGACCCUCCCUCCCAGACCCUCCCACCUCCUGGACAGCUCACUAAGAAUGCAGGUUCAAAAUGGAUGCUGUCCAGGAGGUGGGAGGGUCUGGGAGGGAGGGUCUGCUGCUGAUUGGCUGGAAUGUGUCUGCUGACUGGAGUCCGCGGCGAACCGUUCGCGAACAGUUCGGGACAUCACUAAUGAUUAGGUAAGGAAUGAGUAACAUAUUUACACAAAAGAUUACUGAGGAAUAGACUGGGUAAGAGGUCCUUUCUGCAGUUUUUUUGCCACCAGAUAGAGGGGUUGAGAAUCCAGUGAAUAGAACACUUACACAAAAUAACAGGGUUUCAGUGAUUACAGCAAACUAAAAAUUACGUGUUGCUGGUUCUGGAUACGACCCAUCCAAGGUCCAUUCAACUGACGCCUGGUUUCUAGAUUGCCAAUAUCGCAGCGGUGUACAAAACCAGGGUUAUGGGUAAUGCUGGGAUCUGGAGACUUGGACAUCUGACACCAGAAGAAGGAACAUAGAUGGAGAUAUUUUCAAAUGAAACAAAGUCCUAGCAUAGCUAAAGCAUAAUGAAAGAUAUAACAUUUCAUUCACUGUAGGUUUCUCCGAUCAGAAUAACAGAGAGAGAUUGACCAGCACAUGCAUCAUAUCUGGGGUUAGUAAGGAGUGAUUGACGCUCUAUAUCUGGAUGAGUCUGUACGUAAGAGAAUACGAGGAUGGUAUUAAACAGACAUAGGAGGGAGUGUCAUAAUUAAGGAAGGGGUCACUCACAGAACAGGAAAGCUAUAUACACAGUACCUCACGGUCAGUCCCGAGGCCUGUUCUAUUUAAUAUUCUUAUCAGUGAUAUCAGUAGUGUUAUUCAGAGAAAGAUAUUUCAUUUUGGAGAUGAUAACAUUUUGAAAUAGGGCUGACUCAUCAGGACGAGUAAUGCAGAUGUUAAAUGAUUUUAAAAUGUGAGGAAUGUUUAACACAAGUAGGUGUAAAAUUAAGAAUUUAGAACACUAACUGUGGAUUACAGAUCUAACAAGGCUUUGCUCAUUUAGUAACUUUUUAAACAAUAAUAUCUUAUUAUUUCACAUUAUUUUGAGGUUAAAUACGACGUUGCACAUCAGUCGAGGAACCAGCAGUACACAGGGUUUAUAUAAAGGGGCAGUGGAAGCUCUGACCUACUUACUGUGCUCCAUCCAUAAUUAGUGGGACAUCAUUUAAAUACUGUGCCCAGUUCUUGAGACCAAGGCUUGAAAAUGUCAGGAAUAAUUGCGUGAUCAUUCAAAUAGGGGCUCGCUAAAACAGAAUGUGGUCUCACUAACCACGCAUGCUUCUUUAAUGUGUACAAGGAAGAGAGGAGAGAUAUUUGACAAACAUUCAAGUAGGGGAAAUUGUGAUCACAACAUGGUGUGUUUUGAAAUAAAGACCAUCACAGACUUCGAGGUAUUAAAUAAAGUAUAGAGAGACAUUUUUGAAUAAGAGCACAUGAUUUGAAGGUUGAGGGCAAGGUGAGGAAAUAGUACUAUGUAGGGCAAUUCUAGGUAAUCAUUAUACUUCAUACAGUCAAUACCUGCUGUAUCCUUUAAGUGGAAGUAGAUACAUGGAAACGUAUAGUAAACAGUAAGGAAAUUGACGAAAGCUUAGAAUGUGCAUACAAUGACAGAGAUAUUCUAAUUGGCAGAACAGAUGGGCUGACUAGUUCGUAUCUGUCAUUAAUCAAAGUAAUCCUCCGCAAUUGGCAACGUUGUCUCCUGGUGGUUUACUGUGCAAUGAAGCGUGGAAAAGGCAACAUUUCGAAGUCUUUCUCAAGCCAUAGUUAAAAGUGCAUUACACAAAGUGUUAAAUAGGUGGUUACAUGCAAUAUACAACCAAUUAAGUAAAUGUGUUCACAUCACAUGCUAACUGCAAGUAGUCAAUAAUAAUUAUAACAAUUAGGAAGGUUAACUUAGUAUCGCAAUUACAUCAAGUAAAAUUCAGUGACAUAUUUAAUACAAUGUAUUUAAACAAGUUACAACCAUUUGUGCAAUUAUUUCCCAUAUUGUAUAUUCUGACAUGUUAUAAUUUAUUAGUGCAAACAUAUCACAAUAUUCCCAAUAUUGUAUAUUCUGACAUUAUAAUUUAUGAGUGCAAAUAUAUUAAAAUAUUCCCUAUAUUGUAUAGUUGCAAUUACAUAUAAAUAUUACCUAAUGAAAAUAUAUUACACAUCAUAUUUAAGCGUUAAUUGCUCCUGUGUGUUUAUAUAUACAUGUCUACGUCCAAAUUUAGAAUCAAAUAUUUUUACAAUCUGCAUAAUAUCAAAUGCCUAGAAGAAGUGGAGCUAUGGCUUGAGAAAGACAUUACCAUGUUUGAUAGUACAAUAAACCACCAUAAAACGACAUUGCUCAGGAUUAUAUUGACUGAUGCUAUAUUAGCGGGUUCUGCUGAACAGCAACCUGGCCCUCGGCACAAGCACUGACAAUUGGGAUACUUUGGAGUGCCUUUUACUAUUACUGUUUGACAAUGGUUCUUACCUGCCAACAAUAUCUGGGGUUCUGGCUGAACUCUUCCUUAACAUUGGUUCGUCACACAGCUCCAAUCACCUGGAAAAAUAAACACAUAUCUGGAAACUGAAUACACCUAAAGCUAACUGCAGGAACAAAAACAGUAAAGAAAUGAAUCAAUGAUUGGUGUUUUUAUUCUGUGUUUAGACUGUGUAGCCUUCUGAGAAAUGGUGGAAUUUUAAAAUGGAGAUUGGUCCCAAACCUACCUAAUAACCUUCCUAAUUGAGGGACAUUUUAUUUUUAUGGGGCUGCCUGGUGGUGUACUCAGGAAACCUAUUGCAGCAUAAUUUAACUGUUAAUAGUCGUACAAUACAAGUUUUCCACAUCAAGAUACAAUUAUUUUACGUAACAAAUUAACUUUGAAAGACAGUUGCUCUCAUUUCAAUAUUCAAUGCAAAUAGUUGCACUUCUAUGAAACCCUAUUAUGCCCCAUACACCACAAAAACUGAUCAGAAAAGGACACUUGAGUUGUACCAUCCAUGAAUCUCAGUGGGGGGAUAUUAUAAAUAACAGUGAGAGGGACAUUGGGGGGGAUAUUAUAAAUAACAGUGAGAGGGACACUGGGGGGAUAUUAUAAAUAACACUGAGAGGGACACUGGGGGGAUAUUAUAAAUAACAGUGAGAGGGACAUUGGGGGAUAUUAUAAAUAACAAUCAGAGGGACAUUGGGGGAUAUUAUAAAUAACACAGAUAGGGACACUGGGAGUGAUAUUAUAAAUAACACUGAAAGAAACAUUGGGGGGAUAUUAUAAAUAAGUGAGAGGGACACUGGGGGGUAUUAUAAAUAACAGUGAGGGACACUGGGCGGAUAUUAUAAAUAACACCGAGAGGGACAUUGGGGGGGGAUAUUAUAAAUAACAGUGAGAGGGACACUGGGGGGAUAUUAUAAAUAACACCGAGAGGGACAUUGGGGGGGGGAUAUUAUAAAUAACAGUGAGAGGGACACUGGGGGGAUAUUAUAAAUAACACUGAGAGGGACACUGGGGGGAUAUUAUAAAUAACAGUGAGAGGGACAUUGGGGGGAUAUUAUAAAUAACACCGAGAGGGACAUUGGGGGGGAUAUUAUAAAUAACACAGAUAGGGACACUGGGAGUGAUAUUAUAAAUAACACUGAAAGAAACAUUGGGGGGAUAUUAUAAAUAAGUGAGAGGGACACUGGGGGGUAUUAUAAAUAACAGUGAGGGACACUGGGCGGAUAUUAUAAAUAACACAGAGGGACACUGGGGGAGGGGGGAUAUAAUAACUAACACGGAGAGGGACACGGGGGAUUUUAUAAAUAACACUGAGAGGGACACUGGGGGGAUAUUAUAAAUAACAGCAAGAGGGACACAGGGGGGAUAUUAUAAAUAACAGCGAGAGGGACACUGGGGGGAUAUUAUAAAUAACAGCGAGAGGGACACUGGGGGGAUAUUAUAAAUAACAGCGAGAGGCACACUGGGAGGAUAUUAUAAAUAACAGCGAGAGGGACACUGGGUGAAUAUAAAUAACAGUGAGAGACACUGGGAGGGUAUUAUAAAUAACAGUGAGGGACACUGGGGGGAUAUUAUACAUAACAGUGAGACAGACACUGGGGGGAUAUUAUAAAUAACAGUGAGAGAGACACUGGUGGGAUAUUAUAAAUAACAGUGAAGGACACUGGGGGGGAUAUAAAUAACAGUGAGAGGGACACUGGGGGAUAUUAUAAAUAACAGCAAGAGGGACACUGGGGGGGAUACUAUAAAUAACUGUAAGAGGGACACUGGGGGGAUAUAAAUAACAGCGAGAGGGACACUGGGGGGAUAUUAUAAAUAACAGUGAGAGGGACACUGGGGGGAUAUUAUAAAUAACAGCGAGAGGGACACUGGGGGGAUAUUAUAAAUAACAGCGAGAGGGACACUGGGGGGAUAUUAUAAAUAACAGUGAGAGGGACAUUGGGGGGGAUAUUAUAAAUAACACAGAGAUACACUGGGAGAUAAUACAGUUAAUAACAGUAAGAGAGAUUUGAAGAAUAGCUCACAUCAUACAGAGCAUAAUAACAUAUUUAAUUAGUAAUUAAUUUAACUUUUACUCUCUGGGCAGGCUCAGGGAACAAAUUAACCUACAAUAUGAAUUUACCCCACACACUGGGACUGAGCAACACAUACCGCUCUCAUGAUUACUAAAUCAUCAUUUGGAUGCCUGAUUAUGAUGGGAGCUGGAAUUCAAGUGCUGGGUUACAUAUUGGCCAGCAUUACGUCCACAGAAAUCUAACAGGCAGUAUUCAGUUUAGAUUAGACGAUAAAUGUAUGAACCUUCCCAGCUAGUGAGAUAAAUAAUGUACAGCAGGUUUCUUUGUAUAGAGUGACAUCUAGUGGAACAAAUACAAAUUGGUUCUAAUCCAGUUCUGCAACAGCAGCAAUUUUUGUGCUCCCCAUAUAUUAAAGGAUUAUAACUCUCUUUCAUAAUAUAAAAAAUGUACAUUCCACCUGGAUAGGAUAACAGCUCACACAUGUGAUUCAGCCAAAUCCUUUCACAAGACCCAUGGUUAGAUGUAAACACACUGCCUAGUCAGAUAGUUUCAUCCCUCAAGGUUAUGGAAAGUUCCACUGACUGAAUCGGAAUGUUUAAAGCAUACCCACCCUUUUUUCCCCUCUUCCUUUCCCUCUUUCACACAUCUUACUAUUUUCCUCCCGUUUCACAUUGUACAUAUAGGGGAAUAUAUCCCCUUACUCUAGCGGUUCCCAAACUGUGUGCUGUGGCACCCUGCGACUGGGCACAUAGGGGCACCGCGAAAUGUUUCCUUGGUGCUAUAGCACAUAGAAAAAUAUCUGCUGAACAGGAAACCGGUCGUGUGCCGCCGCCCUGUAAGACCGCGAUCAGGCCCCUGUAACUUCGGCUGGCUGGGAGGAAGUGACAGCCUGUCACUUCCUCCCAGCUUUAUGCAGCCAGAGAGCACGGGAGGGAGAUGAGGGAAGAGGAGCACGAAGAGCUGCUCCAGACCCCUCACUACCACCAGCCAGUAGUAGGACCAGGACUCCAAUCAAGCCACCCUCCUGGACACACAAGGUAAGCUAAGAGGAGGGUGGCUACAGAUAUAAAAAAUAUAUCACUUGUAUGUGUUUAUGUCAGAUUGUGUGUGUGUAUGUCAGUGUGCUUCUGUGUGUAUCUGUGUCCGUGUGUGCGCACAUAUAUGUGCGUGUGCACAUCUGUGUGUCAGGGUGUGCAUGAGUGUGUCAGGGUGUGUGCAUGUGUCACUGUUUGUGUGUGUCAGAGUGUGCGUUUGUGUGUGUAUAUGUUGGUGUAUACGUGUGUUAACAUGUAUAUAUGUGUCGGUGUCUGUAUGAAUUUGUGUGUGUCAGUGUAUUUAUAUGUAUCUGUGUGUUAAUGUGCAUGUAUAUCUGUGUAAGUAUGUAUGUAUGUAUGUGGUAGUGUAUCUGCAUACAGCCAAUCAGUCAAACACCAGCACAACAUAUAAACACACGCAUACAAUCUAACACAAAUAUUACAUACAAAGACACCCCUGCAUUUAAACUUAAAAAGGAUAUACAAACACACCCCUUCACUCAAACACAAAUACUUCACACAAAUGUACAUCCGCAUUUAAAAGUGAACAUUACAUUCAAACACACCCCUGCAAUCAAACGCAAACAUCACAUACACACAUACCACUGUAUUAAAACACUAAAACUAUAUACAAACACCCCUUUAAACACCAACACUAUAGUGCCAGUAUAUGCCGUAGCACUGUACAAAUAUACAAACUCAAAACUUGCUCUGAAUUGGGGCACCUUGGCAAAAUAUUGAAAUAAUAGGGGUGCCUUGAACCUAAAAUGUUUGGGAACCACUGACUUCCUCCCUCCUGAUAGCUAUAUUGCAUCCACAGAGGAUAAAGGUUCCUGACUGUAUCAGCACAAUUUUACCAUGUGACAGGAGACUUCAUAUUUUGCAUUAACUUUCUUUCCUUACUCCACUGCAGCAAAGAAUAAUAGAUAAACAAAGAACCAAUCAGGAAUGAGCAAAGGGUAUAAGAGGUGCAUAUAGCCAAAAUACAGCCUUUCUUUACUGCUCAAUCACAAGUCAGGUCAGAGUAUUUGUUUCCUACAUUUUACCCUCAUUUAAGGACUAUUAUUUUAUUUGUUUCUGUUUUUAUUGUCUACUGUGGGGAUAGUAGGGAUAGUGUGCCCUACUUAUACUAUCCUUUCCCCUCCUUUUCCUUUGGGGGUCACCGGAUUAUGGGGGGUUGUUUUGUUUCCCUGUGUUGUCUGGCACUUUACCGUCUCCUUUUGUGUUGUGAUUUCCCCUGUUUUCUGCUUUGGAAGGACAAUGUACCCUUAUAUCAAUCAUCUAGGCCCUAGAUUACCCCCUAGUACUCCGUAGAUUCUAGGGGGUACUCAGUCCCAAGCCUUGUAGGACCUCACACAGGAGACUUUCGAUUACUGCCAGCCAUGAAACAUCAUGCUUCUGGCAAAACAUCUAUUGGGAGCAUCCAACCUUACUGCGCAUUGGUUCUCUCAUUGCUGGUAAAAAUCAGCCAUUGGCAAUUGGAUCCUCAAAUGUUUGCCAGCUUAGAUUCACAGAGAAUUCCAUUCCACUUGGACCUGUUUGCAUCACCCAACACUCAUCAACUUCCAGAAUUAUACAUUUGGCUGCCGGAUCUGUAGAGCAUGGUGGUGGAUGUGUUCCUUCAGGUAUGGCUGGAUCGGGGAGCUUACACUUUCCCUCCAUUUGCAAUGAUUGCAAGAUCCCUUCACCUGAUCCGAUCUUUGGCCGAGUCAACCUUGGUUUCCGGAUCUCCUCGCGAUGUUUUGUGCGGACCCUCUCCUCCUGCCUUUUGGUCCAAGACCCGCUAAGGCACCCACAUCCAAUGCUUCAGGACAGAUAUCAAUCCUUAUGUAAUGAUUAAGUGCAGCAGAGUAGAAAAAAUGGGGAGACAGUCUACUCACAAAAUGAUGUAGAAAAGGGUAGAGAAGAAAUAGGGAACCUACUGACAUAUAAAAAUCUUGAAAAACAAUAAUAUUCUCACCCUGUCAUUUAUUGACUCUGCCUUAUGUAUAGGUGAUAUGGAUAAGAAAUAGUUGAUAAAAAAAUUAAAAAUAAUAAAAGUUAAAAAUGGUCUCUAAUGGUAAAAUAGUAAGUAAAAUGAUGCUUAAAUGUUUAUUCAUCACACAACGGUGAAGUAUUGUGCAUAAUUGCUGUGAGUGCAUAAGGCUGGAUUUAAAAGGACACUAUAGUUACCAAAACAACUUUUGCUUAAAGGGAGACUCCAGGGACCCAGACCACUUCUGCCCAUUGGAGUGGUCUGGGUGUUAACUUCCACUAGCCUUAACCCUGCAAGUGUAAUCAUUGCAGUUUUCAUAAACUGCAAUAUUUACCUUGCAGGGUUAAGUCCUCCUCUAGUGGCUGUCUACUAGACAGCCACUAGAGGAGACUUCCGUGUUCAUAGAACACAACGCUAUGUUAGGACCUCCAGCGUCGCUGAAAUCCCCAUAGGAAAGCAUUGUAUAAUGCUUUAAUAUGGGGAGGUCUAAUGUGCGUGCGAAGCCAUUGCUACGCAUGCGCAUUAGGUCUCCCCGCCAACGGCCGCGCAUGCGCAUUAGGUCUCCCCCGCUGGCUGUUGGCGGCAGGGCAGGAGCGCAGGUGGAGCCUGACCCAGCGCCGAGGGACAUCGGCGCUCGACUCCGGUAAGUCACUGAAGGGAAGGUAAAGGGGCACUAGAGGGUCCUGCAGUGCCAGGAAAACUAACUUUUCCUGGCACUGGAGAAUACCUUUAAUGAAGCAGUUUUGGUGUAUACAUGAUUCCACUGCAGUCUCACUGCUCAAUUUUCAGCCAUUUAGGAGUUAAAUCACUUUGUUUAUGCAGAUCUAGUCACACCUCCAUGCAUGUGACUUACACAACCUUCUUAAACACUUCCUAUAAAGUGUCAUCUAAUGUUUACAGUUUCUUUGUUGCAAAUUCUGUUUAAUUUAGACUUUCUUAUUCGCUGCUCUGUAAAUAGCAUUCUAGACCCUGCAGGAACCAAAACUUAUGCUUGAAAAUUAAACCAUUUUAUUUCCAUGCAGGUUGUGUCAGUCACAAUCAGAGGAGGUGUGGCUAGAGCUGCAUAAACAGAAACAGAAAGUGAUUUAACUCCUUAGUAGCAGAGAAUUGAGCAGUGAAACUUCAGAGGCAUAAUCUAUACACCAAAACGGCCUCAUUAUGCAAAGAUUGUUUUGGUGACUAUAGUGAUCCCUUUAAGAUGGACAUUUAAGGAUCAUUUUACUUACUAUUUUACUAUUAGAAGCUAUUUUCAACGAGUAACCAUUAUUUUCCUUUAUUGUUUAAAUUUUUUAUCAAUUAUUUCUUAUCCAUAUCACUUAUACAUAAGACAUAGUCAAUACAUGACAGGGUGAGAAUAUUAUUGUUUUUCAAGAUUUAGAUAUCUAUCCUUGGUGGCUUGGACUUUUUCAGAGAUUCCUGGCAUGUCGGCGAAUUAUCGACAAAAGCUAGAGACCUCCUUUGGAACUCCUAGGUGAAGGAGAAGUUACUUCUUCACAUGGCAAUCUUGGUCCAAUUGGUGUGUGAGUUGGAACUUGAAUCCUUUUACUGCCCCUUUUUCCGCUAUCCCCCUGUUUCCGCAAUCCUGCAUUUUCUCUUGUUUCUUUUUUCUGAUGGUAUGUCAUACCGUUUCAUUAAUGUGCUUUGUGCGGCCAUUUCGGCAGCCCAUGUACUGCUUCAGGAGAAACCGGUGGGUCAAGACUGCUUUGCCUACUGCUCAUGGUAUCCGACUUUGGCAUCCACUAGCCCUCAAAUAUACACGUUUGUUGGAUAUGGAUGUGGUUCUUCAUUUUUUGCAGGAUUGGUCGCCAAAUGAUAGCCUGUAUUUAUGUCAACUGACGGCCAAGCCUACCUUUUGUGCCUAGGGUAUUUCUGUUAGAUCUCAGACAUACACGCUUUCAACGUGGACGCUUUAUUUUUUUUUCUCCAUACGGGGUCAAAUUUUUUACUUCCUGUCAGACUAAAUUGGACUCAGCUUCAGUUUUCUACCCAUUUUUUUUAAUGUCAGACACCCAGCAUUGUUUGGUAUUGGCAUUACAUUCCUACAUGGUGGCUACGGCCAGGGACGUUUUAGCCGCGAGGCAAACAAGGUAUUUUCCUUGGGCAGCAUUUUCCAGGGGGCAGCAAAAAAAGCCGCCCCCAAAUGCCCAAGGCAAAUGCCUAGUUAGCCUCGCGGCUAACAGACAUGCUGGGCGCUGGCAGGCGGCUGGCGAGGGAGCUCUUCCUCUGAGCACUCUGCUCAGCUGCCUCGCGUGCCGCAGCGUGGACCCCAGGGAUAAAGAGAACCCCCCGCACCCCUGCAUUCCCAAAGGUAAGGAGGCUGGGGGAUAAAAAAGUGUUAAUGUGAGUGUGUGUCUGACUGUGUGUGUGUGUGUGUUUGUGUCUGACUGUGUGUGUGUUUGUGUCUGUGUUUGUGUUUGUGUCUGACUGUGUGUGUGUCUGACUGUGUGUCUGUGUGUGUGUCUGACUGUGUGUGUGUGUUUGUGUCUGUGUGUGUCUGUGUGUGUGUUUGUGUCUGACUGUGUGUGUUUGUAUCUGACUGUGUGUGUGUCUGUGUGUGUGUGUCUGACUGUGUGUGUGUGUGUGUGACUGUGUGUGUGUGUGUCUGUGUGUGUGUUUGUGUCUGACUGUGUGUGUGUGUUUGUCUGACUGUGUGUGUGUGUAUUUAGAAGGUGGGGUGGGAGUUUUGUCCUGCCUAGGGCAGCACAAAACCAGGAUACACCACUGGCUACGGCUUCUCUGUGGUCUCUCUCAUGACAACUACGGAUCUCCUAUGCAGUGGCAGGACUAAUGUAGAGAGGGCCCUGGUGCAAUACAGUUUUUGGGCCCCCUUCAAGUGCAACAUUGGCCAAAAGGUAGAUCCACAUCUGUCGUACAACUUCAACGAUGCUAUGCCAGCAGUUGAUCGACAAUUUGCUAAUCUUUGAAGGGUUGUAUUUGUGAACCGUGUUUGUUAGCUUGAAUUUUAGCAUGUUUUUGUAUAGUGUAUUUUUUUAUUAUUGCCAUUGGAAUGCAGUGGCCUAUUUGUGUUUAGUAUACACUAUAAGAGAGUGCACAAACAAACAGUAUAAAAUAUUCAAAACAGUAUAAAACGCAACUAAAUACAAUAGAACCUUCCCAAGUUCCAAAAAACAAAAGAGCGCCACAUUUGAGACAGGAAAUAAACAAAUACAGUGGAACCUCGGAACUUGAACUUAAUCUGUUCCCGAAGGCUGUUAGAGUCCCGAAGUGUUCGAGAACCAAAUCAACAUUUCCCAUAAGAAUUAAAUCACAGCAUUUUACAUUUAUAUGUAUGCAUUAAAAAUGCAGAGAUCACUCUAAUAAUAAGCACCUUAGAUAUAUUUGAGUGGUUCCUGCCUUUCAACUUGCUAAAAAAUGUACUGUUGGCCAUUAUUACAAUUAUUUAUAAUAAUUGUCUGACUUGAAAAUGAGGAAUCCCUCUCCUUUUGUUCACUAAGUCUUAGGAACAAUCUAUUAGAACAUUUCAUCUAACAAGCCUUAAUAUGGAAUUACAGACAUUCUUUUUCAGGACGAUAACAUCCACUUGUGUAGCAAGUACAAAUCUGUCUCACUAAGACUUUACAAUUAGACUUAUACACAAUAAACCACCAUGAAAGAAGUCUUUGCGAUCACUCCUUCCAAGUAUUGACAUUUUGCCAUCCAUGCUUAGAAAUUUGAGGGUCCCUGUUUAAUAUAAUUUAUUUUUUUUGGCUAUAUUAGUAACCAUUGGUUCUCUCUGCUACCAUAACCAUUACGUGAUUAUUCACUUUUUUAUCAAUCCAUCAAACCAUAUAGUGCUUAUUGGUACCUCUAGCUCCCCUUUUGGUUUACCAUCGAUAAUAUGUUCAAUUAUAGAUUGAGGACGAAAUAGAUAUCGUCCUGUAUUUAUAAACAUCUAUUUUUCUUCGUUUUAUUCUUUUGAUUUUUCCGCUGUGUGACACACACAGUCUGUUUUGAUAAGACCUAACAAUUGAUUUUUAUUCUCAAUUGACUUCUGUCAUUAACAUUAUUUCCUGGAAUUUACCAGGAUAGUUAGGUAAAGUGUCAUAGCAUUUCACUUGUCUCAAUAAUCUAAUGUGUGCUCUUACAUUAAUGUAUAUGUUUUUCUCUGUAAUUAUAUUACAAAGACCCUAUCAGGCAUCUAUAGGGUUAAUUUAACCUGAGGCUUUAGCACCAUCCACAGGAAUUCCACCCACGUUCUGAUUGGUCAGUGGGCAUCCUAUCAGCAACAGAGGCACUAUUUUUAAACCUGCUUUUGGUUAUACUCUGCUCCCCUGGAAUAACAUUUUUUGGCGAAACGCGCGCCGGGACUUUUACGUAUGGGGUUGGAUAAAAGAUAUGGGAUGACAUUUUGCCAAUAUUAUCUGAGACAAUACCACCCAUACUAGACUUUUAUACAAUUAUACAUUUAUUCUUUACACGAGUAAUCUCUGUAGCUAGUUUGAUUUUUCACCCACGAGGUGUCCACAGUUAAUUAUUUUUAUUAUUUAUUUAUUAUCAUUCUUUAUUUAUUAUUUUCUUUAUAUAUUCUUUCAAGGAUAUCCUCUAUUUCCUCUAAGUGACGGGAGGUGGGUUUAGUGUUUAUUAAGGGGUGCCCUCGAAGGCACAGUAAUGUAGAGACGGGCUGUACUUGCUUAUCUAUACUCUGGUAUUUCAUUCCGCUCUAAUAGAUGACUUGCUACAUUACAACCUUAUCUCACUUAGCUUUCCCCCUCCGGCCAAUUUACAAAGAUACUAUUUUUCAUUUGUUAUUUAUUUUUCGUUACUUAUAUUUAUUUUAUACAUCACUAUUUUCAGUUAUUACUCUCCACAGUUUUAGAGUGGAUAGUCUCUGAUUCUUUCUAUUUUCCUUAUUUCAUUUUACUUAUUUUUUUAUUUUUGCUUCAUACAUUAAUCAAUUUCAUGUAUACAUAUUUCUUUAUACCACAGUUUUGUAGGAUUUAUUCCUAAUAUAGAUACUCUAUUUGAUCCUCUUUUAGAUUGAGGAUUUUAUUCAUAUAUUUAUACAUUAAAAGUUACGUUUUAUUAGGGCUACUCCCCACCCAUGGGGGUCUAUCUCCUAAAUGGUUAUUUCUUGUGUUCUUUUUGCUGACUUGAAAAUGAGAUAUGGCUCUUUGUUGUAUGUUCGGGAACCAAAGAUCGUUUGCGUAUCGAGACAUUUGGCUCUUUGUUGUAUGUUCGGGUACUGAAAGUCAUUCGUGUACCAAGACAUUUCUUACUUAAAAUUUUUGUUCGACUUACGAAUUGUUCGAGAACGGGACUGUUCGACUUCCGAGGUUCCACUGUAUAGUGUAACAUUGUUUAUUAAUUAAAAAAACCCUAUGGAAUUCCUUUGUAGAACUCUUACACAAAAUAGUGGUGGUGCUUAUUUCUAAGGAUCACAAACAGGCAUAUGGUGCAGUACAGUAUGAGGAUUAUGUCAGUGGUUACACAGAUGCACACACACACACCUUGACAUACACAUGAUCACAUACAAGCUUUAUAUUUGCAGCCACCCACCUGUUAACACACCCUCCCUUGGGUCCCUGCUGCUGGCUGCCAUUGAUGGGAGUUGGAUAUCUGGAGCAGCUCUCUGGUUGCUCCUCUCCCCAAGCUGCCUGUGCCUCCUCCGCUGCAUCCUCCCUCUCUUCCUCCAGCGUGGUCUAUCAGUAAGAAGCUGGGAGGAAGUGACAUGCUAUUUAUCUUCCAGCCAGUAGAUAUUGCAGGGACCCAAUCAGACUCUUAAAGUGCCGCUGCGCCCGACCGGGCCCCUGUUAAACUAUAAAGAAAUAGCACCCAUUGGGUGGCCCCUGCACUUAGGGCAACCCGAAGAGCCCCAUUAGCUGGUGGGCCCCGGUGCAGCUGCACCGUCUGCACUUCAGCCACUGCUCCUACAUACGACCUCUUGGUUUGGUUUUGGUCACCACAAUGUCCAGAUGGAUUAGAUGGCAUUUGUCGCUAGCAGGGAUCGAUCCUUUGUUUGGAUCGCACUUUGUCUGGGAGUAUAGUCUGCUUUUAUGGCAGACGUUUCCUUAUCGGACAUUUUACACACAGCGAAUUGGUUGCGUGAAACUACAUUUCGGACCAACUUUGUUUUCCUGGCACUAUAGUUUACUUUUCAUGAGAAAUUUUAUGUCAGCAAAAAAGUCAGUGUGAUCAUCCUUCUGUUUUAAAACUGCUGACAUUGUAUAUAAUUAUUAUUUCACAUUGUUUUUGUUAAUGUUCUUUUCAUACUUCUUGCCAUACUUUCUAAUUGUACAAUAUUGUAUAUUGGAAUACACCAAUACAGUGCUAGCCUGGAAAGGACGCACAAUUUCUUCCUGUCACCUCUCUCCUACAGUACUAAGGCAAAACACAUUUCAACAAUCCCUGUGAAUGGAAUCAGCGUCAGGAUGGUACAGCAAUGCUGUAACUCAAAACUUCUGCAUGCCAGGGGUACCAGGGGCAAUGUUACCUGCCCCCAGUCAGCCCAGCCCAGCUUGUGACAGUGUUGCAACAGUAAACAAUUUGCUGUGUACUAAUUAAUUACAGAUACAUGUAGUAUACAUUCAGGUACCAGAUUAUAUAAUUUAUAUUUGGACAUAAAAUGUAGCACCAACUUUCUCCAGCAAACAUAAGAUGCCAAUGCUCUAUCGAGUGACAGUUUGGUGAAGAAUCCUGGGUACUUUCCAGUUAGCCACCGGGCUCUUGUAUUCUGGGAAGACAUUGUGCCAGGAAUUGAUGCACACUGGGGCUAUAUUUUCUCUGCUUGGCAACUAAACAGUGUAAAGAAAACUACAACUUCCAGCAUCCCCCACUGAGCUGAAUGUCUCAAUGACAAUGUGUGAGUGAGGUUGUGGAACACUGCAGGUCACUAGAAACGUGAUUCCAUGGGCUCCCUGGGAGAGUGCUGCAGUGCAAGUGAUCACUUAUUGGUGCAAGUUUGGGAACAGAAAUCCAACAGCCCCCCGCUGUGGAAAUCAGUGUAUAUAAAUUAUUCUCCAUAUAUCUGCUUCACUCAUAAACCUAAAAGAUAAUCUUGCAAGAGCAAAACAGCCAGCAAUAGAUAUAACAAAACUGAUUCUAUUGGAGAAGAAGUGCGUGCGGUAUUCUACUCCCACAGAUAACCUUUUCUCCCUUUAAAAGCAGACAGCAUGAAACAAAAAUAGUGCCUCAGCUCAGUGUAACUAAAGAUUUUCUUAUCCUCCCUAACAGGAAGAGAAAUACCCAUCUACACAUCACCGAAUACACCCUCACUAUACCGGUACAACCUCGCUAUGUUAAUGACAAUGGGAACGUAACUCUUUAGUGCUGCUGUCCGAACAUUUAUUGGCUGCAAAAUUGGAAGAAAAAAACAAAAAACAACAAGACAAUUUCCAACAAAUGGCACUGCACACACUGGAACAGAAAGAUAACCCAAACACACAAAUACUUUAAAGUUAAUUUCUAGAAGUUUGUGUGCGUGGGUGUGCGUCUGUGUUCUCCUUCAGACUGAUCUUGUAGUGAAGCACCUGGAGGACCACUGAUGCUUUGAAAUAUAUACAUACACACAUAUCUAUCUAUCAGCAUUAGUGGUCCACCAGAUGCUCGACUACAAGAUCAGGUUGAAUGAAAAACAAUGCCCACCAUGGAGACUAAGACUGGAAGCCAAGAUAAAGAUAACUAGAGGUGGAAAGAUCAAGGUAGAUCCUGUCUACGAGAAUACAAGAGUGUGCACAUAACAGAGACACAGGAAACAGCUAAGCAAAGGCUGACAGCACUGGCGACCAGACUGAGCAGGUACACCAGAGAAGCAGAGGCUAAGAGAAUAAAUGUUCUGUUUACCAAAGAACCAUCCAAGGUUUAUGCACAGCUACAGGAUAACCACAACAUACCAGUGGCGGAUCCCCUCCUCCUUGUGCCUCGAUUAUACCCACCAGUACCCCUCCCGAGAUUUGGUUCUGGAUCCGCACCUGCAACAUACCCAUCCAAGAACAACCCAGAGCAGAGACUAAACAGUAUUGAAACAUAAUAUGGGAGAAAGAAACAUUACAUAACACCAAGGCCCAGGGGCUACUAGACCUGAAAGCAGACCACUGCAUACUCCCAGUUUCCGAACCAACAUUUACCAUCACAGUGGAAAAUAUCUAACAACAAGUAAUCCACAUGAAGAGUUGGUCAGCCCCAAGACCUGACAUGAGCUAUGUAGCGGACCCAGGAUAACCCGACUGGUUACCUCCGCUAAUUCCCUUCCUUCACCUGCUCAGGAAUCACUUAGAAUAUAAAGAGACCCAUUCCCCCACACAGCUCUGGAGGUACAACACUGACAAUGCUUUAUUGGUACAAGCUUAAUUUAUACACAGACCCCCGCACGGGGUCUCCAUACUAUUCAGUACAAAUUCCUCAGUCCCAGGCUGGAGGGGGAUGGUUUACAGAUAACCAUCUCCCACUCUGGGAAAUACCAACAGCACAACAUUUACAGACAAUAGGACACAUUACAUUACAUACAUGGGGGAAACUUAAGGCCCCCCCGGGAAAGAAAAGGGGUACACAUAUAGAGGGGAGAGGAGGCCUUCUGACAACCAAGCAGGGAAAAGGGCGGGGAGGUGUUUGGCUGGCCAAUCAGGAGAAAGGGCGCAAAACUACACUGAACAAAAUUGUAAAACGCAACAAUUUUGUUUUUGCCCCCAUUUUUCAUGAGCUGAACUCAAAGAUCUAAGACAUUUUCUACGUACACGAAAGGCCUAUUUCUCUUAAAUAUUGUUCACAAAUCUGUCUAAAUCUAUGUUAGUGAGCACUUCUCCUUUGCCGAGAUAAUCCAUCCACCUCACAGGUGUGGCAUAUCAAGCUGCUGAUUAGACAGCAUGAUUAUUGCACAGGUGUGCCUUAGGCUGGCCACAAUAAAAGGCCACUCUAAAAUGUGCAGUUUUACUGUAUUGACAGGGUUUGGAGGGGUCCAAAAACCAGUCAGUAUCUGGUGUGACCACCAUUUGCCUCAGGCAGUGCAACACAUCUCGUUCGCAUAGAGUUGAUCAGGUUAUUGAUUGUGGCCAGUGGAAUGUUGGUCCACCCCUCUUCAAUGGCUGUGCGAAGUUGCUGGAUAUUGGCAGGACCUGGAACGCGUCGUAUACGCCAAUCCAGAGCAUCCCAAACAUGCUCAAUGGGUUACAUGUCCGGUGAGUAUGCUGGCCAUACAAGAACUGGGAUAUUUUCAGCUUCCAGGAAUUUUUUUUACAGAUCCUUGCAACAUGGGGCCGUGCAUUAUCAUGCUGCAACAUGAGGUGAUGGUCAUGGAUGAAUGGCACAACAGCUGGCUUCAGGAUCUCGUCACGGUAUCUCUGUGCAUUCAAAAUGCCAUCAAUAAAAUGCACCUGUGUUCGUUGUCCAUAACAUAUGCCUGCCCAUACCAUAACCUCACUGCCACCAUGGGCCACUCGAUCCAUAACAUUGACCUCAGCAAACCGCUCACCCACACAACACCAUACACGCUGUCUGCCAUCUGCCCUGUACAGGGAAAAACGGUAUUUAUCCGUGAAGAGAACACCUCUCCAAAGUGCCAGACGCCAUCGAAUGUGAGCAUUUGCCCACUCAAGUCAGUUACGACGAACUGAAGUCAGGUCGAGACCCUGAUAAGGAUGACGAGCAUGCAGAUGAGCUUCCCUGAGAUGGUUUCUGACAGUUUGUGCAGAAAUUCUUUGGUUAUGCAAACCGAUUGUUGUAGCAGCUGUCCGGGUGGCUUGUCUCAGACGAUCUUGGAGGUGAAGAUGCUGGAUGUGGAAGUCCGUGGCUGGUGUGGUUACACGUGGUAUGCGGUUGUGAAGCCGGUUGGAUGUACUGCCAAAUUCUAUGAAACACCUUUAAGAAAUGAACAAUUAAUUCACAGGCAACAACUCUGGUGAAUAUUCAUGCAGUCAGUGUGCCGAUUGCACGCUCCCUCAAAACUUGCAACAUCUGUGGCAUUGUGCUGUCUGAUAAAACUGACCAUUUUAGAGUGGCCUUUUAUAGUGGCCAGCCUAAGGCACACAUUUGUAAUAAUCAUGCUGUCUAAUCAGCAUCUUGAUAUGCCACACCUGUGAGGUGGAUGGAUUAUCUCGGCAAAGAAGAAGUGCUCACUAACACAGAUUUAGACAGAUUUGUGAACAAUAUUUGAGAGAAAUAGGCCUUUUGUGUACAUGGAAAAAGUCUUAGAUCUUUGAGUUCAACUCAUGAAAAACGGAGGCAAAAACAAACGUUUAUGAUUUUGUUCAGUGAAGUUUGAAUGGUAGCCCUUCACCUAUUGGCCGGCACAGACUUCCAGGCGACCAGAUGGGCUCUGCCAUGGUGAAGCCGCCUCGCAGUUCCAGGGAUUCUGCUGUGGUUUGCGUCUCUUUCUCUGGUGGAUAUCUCCACGUAGGUAGAACCGGAGAGAGCGCUCUUUGGGCAGCCAUUAGCCCAGGUAGUGAUUAUGCUCCUUUAGGAUUAUAUAGGGCGAUUUGCCGCCAUAACAGCCAGUACCCCAAAAGUGUCCCCACCAACCUUAGGAACCCGUUCCAGGUGUUCCGGUGCGAAGGCCAUUUCUGGAUACAAAUACUUCCCCUGGGUGGUGUUCGUCUAUACGAAAUGGUGGCCACCCAGGGGAACACUCAUUAAUUACUUCCCUUGCAGUUUUGCACUGUCAUGGGUGUGAACGUUCUAAAUGAUUGGUGUGAACAUUCUAAUGGGGUGCCGGGGUGGUCCCCGUUCGGGAGAUGAACGGAUUCCGUUUGCAUGAAUGCACCCGAACGGGAAAGAGAACACAGUAUGAAACACAAGGGGAAACACACACGAAAUAGUAGUGGGCACAUGUGGAUAUGGCAUUUAGUGACGGCGUUCUGUAACAAUCUACACCUAAUGGAAAAAGAAAUUAGCAAGCUGCAUAAAUGCCUAGCAGCACAAAUGAACCAACUACUAGCAACAGGCUCCCAGCCUGACUGACUAACACAAGGCAGAACAAUAGUGGUCAUGAAGGACCCUCACAAGGGAACAACACCAUCUAACUACCGACCAAACACCUGUUUCCCCACAACAUGGAAGGUCCUGUCAGGCAUCAUAGCCGCCAAGAUUAAUGGGCAUGUGAUCAAUGCAUGAGCAAUAUUUAAAAGGGGAUUGCAAACAACACCAGAGGAUCAAAAUAACAACUCCUGGUAGACCCGGCAUUCACACGGGAUUCCCAAACCAGACAGACCAAUCUGUGCACAGCCUGGACUGACUACAAGAAAGCCUAUCACACAAUGCCACACACAUGGAUACUGGAAUGCUUGGCUCUAUACAAGGUCCACAUACCCAGGGGGUAUUCUGCUUAGAAUGGGGAGAUCACUGGACACAAGGCACCGGCUCCCAUCACGGCCCGGGCUAUAGGUGGUGAGAGGUUCUGGCAAAACAGAACAUAUUUGAUGUUCUUGUCUGAAGCCUGGCUAUUCUAAUACUAUAUGGAUGGGGCAAGCUACGAAAUCAUGCCUGACAUGGAAACUGCUAGUCUCUCAUGGCCUACCUGUGGCAUAGGCUGUAUAGAAGCUAGUGGACUUCUGCAUUUCUUUAGCGAUUCCUUAUUAAUAUUGCAGGGAUUUCUGUCCUCUUCUCUUGAACUCUUAGGAGUAUAGUACCCAGUGGCAUUACAGUUUAUUUUGUUUAAUAUACUUUGCCUAGCUUGUAUUCCUAAUCAUUUUGUAGCUCAUAGCUGAUAUUGCUUAACAAUAGCUUGACUAGGCUGUCAAUUAUUACAGUUCUCCAAGCGAUUCUACAAUAAAAAAAUAUAAAUUAAUUUUUAAAAAUCCCCUUUACCUGGUAAGGGCUCUGCGCAUACUGAGCUUUUCAUGGUGAGAAAAGGCUUAUAAAGCCUCCCCACGUGCUCUGGUUAGUUGGCUUAAGAAAGAAGAUGUUAAUGGUAAGUAUAAGUUGUUUUAUUUUACAUGUAUUUAGUUAAUUCUACCUACCUACUAUUAUUAUGGUGAGGGAGGGAGGGUAUUUGUUUAUUAGGCAGAGUGACUAGGGUCUUGAGGACCCCUAGUCACUGGGGGAGGGCUAUUUUUACAAUUAACCCCACCCGCCCCUAAUGGGUGGGGACUGGAAGGGCACAAUAGGUCCCUCUCAUUACCACUUAGGGUCCCCACCCGCCGCUAAUGGGUGGGGGCUGGGGGAGAACAAAAGGUUACCCCCUGCCACUCUGGGAUCAAGAAGGAAUUUUUUUUUCUAGUUUGUUGCAAAAUUGGAAGUGCUUCAAACUGUUUUGUUUUUGUUUUCCUUCUUUUAGAUCAACAGAAAAGGACAGAUGUAUGGAAGGCUGAACUUGAUGGACACAUGUCUCUUUUCAGCCUAUGUAACUAUUAUCACUUAGGACCCCCACCUGCGCUAAUGGAGGGGGCUGGGGGGGAACAAUAGAUCCCUUCCUAUUAUCACUUAUGGUCCCCACCCGCCGCUAAUGUCUAACAACGUCGGGUGCAAUUCUGUAAGAUAAUGCUUAAACAAACCUCUAAUGAACCAGACCAUCUUGAUAAGAUCAUUUGGUCAGAAAAGGCUUUUUUCAAAUUGUCAGGCUAUGUGAACAUGCAUAACUGUGUGUAUUGGGAAGAUGAAAAUCCUGAUUUGACCAUCACAUCUCAACUGAAGCAGACAGGCGUCACAUGCGGGAUGCACUGUUUAGCGAAGGUGUUGUAGGACCGUUUUUUUCCACCAGAACUGUGGAUAGUAAUAAUUACCGAUGUGGUUGUGCUACAACUCCUCAUCCAACAAGAUGGGGCACCUCCUCAUUAUGUUUCUGUAGUAAGGGACGCGACUACCUUGACAACACCUUCCCACAUCGGAUGAAGUGGCACCAUUGAAUGGCCUCCACGUUCAUUCGACUUGGACUUGAAUUAUUUAUAUUAAAAGUAAGUUAGAUCUGCACCUCCCUAAAAAUUGUUAUGGAUUCUUCGUUGCUUUCCAUCAUUAGAAACUAAGUUGUGGCUGAAUAGAAUGUUUUGCUACCUGAAAAGUACAUGAUUGUAUUUUUACUGCAAAUUGCCAAACCAGAGAGGACGUUUUACAAUAAACUAUGGAUUUAUUAAUUAAACCAGGAAUUCUGUGAAUGUUGUGCAAAUAUUAGGUAUUCCACCUCAACUAUUUUUAAUUUUAGGCAGUUCCUUCGUCAAUUCUGCACAACUCUUGCAACUUGCUUUUUUAACUCAGACCCUAAACGGUUGGGAAAACAAUCAGGGUUCUGACAGACCGCUAUCACCCCAAGGCUUCAGAAAGUGAAAGAGCAUUUCAUAUUUAACGCUAGAAAACAGGUAGCAGACAUUAAUAUAUACCAUACUCUGUACAGCUAGCCAGUACUUGCCAUUUUCAAUUUAUUUGCAAACAGUGCUCCGGGACACAUUUGUCAUAGACAUAGAAAACAAACCAAUUCUAAAACACCUGGUAACAUAAGUAGACCACACUUUUUAACCAGCGACUGAUGUUGCUACUGUCAUGAAACUGUCUGCACGCGACACCACUGCAGGCUCAAGUUUCACUCCUAAAGGGGGGAAGAGAAAUGAUCUUUCAAAAAUUCCCUACAGUGCAUUGAAAAGGACAAUUUCCAAAACUGUUUCAAAAGCAAAUAUCUCUAGUUAUUAGGAGGUCCCGGAGCACGAUGCCAACUUCAACAGGUUCAAGAAUUAUUUUUUUGGUGUACUUGUGCGGAUGUGUAUCGCGUUUAUAAUCGAAUUACAAGCCAACAUAGCGCUGGAAUUUAGUAACAAUUAGUGGUAAACAUUGAACGCUGGAGCAGCUCGGGCUAUAAAACAUGUACAGGGUUAGAGAUGUAAAGUUACCAGAAAUGCUGAAGCCAUUGUAAAAAUAGGUUGUUUCCCUGGGUUCUAUUUUUGUUUUCAGCAAAAAAGAAAUUGGAAAUUUUUGAAAAUUUUAAGAAAGCAAAACAAAACAAAUGGAAAGUGGUGAAAUCCUAAAAAUUUAAAGUGAACCUGUAACACUGGGAACAUGAAACACCAACUAAGAACAUUAUUUUGUCUCCUUUAACCCUCCUGCUGAUUCGUAGAACCAAACAGAGAGUAUGCACUCCAUUCCAUUAGAGAGACAGACCAGAACCCUAAUGCGUUUGCUUACUGAAAUGCUUUAUGGGAGUUUAGGAGACCCCCCUUACUCCUGUUUUAGUAAAGUUCCUAUUUCAUGAGACCCUGAUGGACGUCAAGCUGACAGACAUGAGUGCUUCAUCUCUCAUUAUGAGACAACUAUCAUUGUUUAGUACAUUUAAGAAGAAUCUGAUUUUUUUCAUUAUCAUUUCAUACCUCUUAACGUCAGCAUUCUGUGGCUGGAAGCCAGUGGUAAUGGUAAAAGGGGGCUUGAUGGUGAUGCAAUUUGUGCUGCUGGCUCUGUCCAAAAGGUUAACCCACUGUCAUGGCUGCUAGUGUGGUCCAACACGCAGAAACUAUGUAAACAUAUACAUAAAAAAAGGAAAGGAAAUAAAAGGACAGAGCGUAAAUCGGACCUUAGAAUGGCCGGACUAAUAAGCUAGAGAUAGAGAAUGGUCAAAGGGAAAGCCGAGGUCAAGGAAGCCAGAAAUGCACAAUACCGUUUCAACAAGCCAAGUCAGGGGAACCAGAAAUCAGAAUAACCAGGAAUAGUCAAGAUCAGAAUACCAGAAUAUCAAUAUCACAAGGAAAAACGCACUCUCAGGAAACCAGGAAUGAGAAACCACGACAGGGCAAGGAACUGGAGUGAAUUAGGGAUUUAAAUAUCCCUCUCUAGACUCUGAUUGGUCAGAGGGUGAGCUCUGACCCCAGAACGUGCGCGUGCGUUGACGUUGUGACGUCACGCGCACGUUCGUAUAAUUUUGGGGGGUGGAGCCAUGGAUGGAUGCGACUCAUGGUCGGCGCCAUCUUGGAUUUCCCCGAGCGGCAUGGAGGAGCGGUUCCCGGCUCGAGUUGGUGCGGUUGUGCCGGUCGGGCACAGACGCACAUGGCGGCGAGCCGGGGGCCGUGACACCCACUCGGAAAGGGUGUGAGGCCACCCAUAUAAUUAACAGGUCAGCCAGGCAUGACAGGCUGCCUGCCAAUCAAAUAGGCCGGCCAACCAAAGAUGGACCAUACACAGGGCAAUGUUUAAGUGCUCUCUGCAAGACCCAAAUGCCUUGGGCAUGUGCGAGCAUGUCUGUUGAUGCGCUCCAGCUAUGCUUCCUGGGAUCAGUUCACUAGUGUCCCCAAAAUCAGGACGGCCAGACAGGACCUGAACAUUUGGACUGUCCAACUUAAUCCAGGAUGUUGGAAGGCCUGUCAUUUAAUCCAGGUAGGUAUUUUAAUGUCCCUUGAAUACCUCUGUCAGGCAAGGAUGUGUUUUGUCAUCCUGGUAACAUUUGGAAAAGGAUAUUUCUUUUGAAAGUAUUUGAAAAUUUUUGCUUAUUUUUCUCAGGCAAACACCAAUAACUAAAAAAUAAUAUUGUUUAUAAUGUACGCUCAAUUUUAUAUUCCAAUUUUUCCUGAAAAAAACCAAAACAAACAUCUUGGGUAAUCAUAAAAAAAGGUGUUGUUGCCCUCUCCAAUUUGUCAGUUUUUUAAAUUUUUUGUAUGUUUUUUCAGGGCCUUCCCAUCUCUAUAUGGAGACGUUUGUCUACUUUAAAUAUCAAGGAAUUGUUACCCACUUGGAUAUGAUACAACAAAUCAUUAGAUGAGAACACAAAACAUAUAAACCUAUGUAUUUUGUAUAGAAGGAUUCCGGUUUAUAUGAGAAGAGUCCGAUAAAAGCUUUAGGCAAGCCAGUUUGUAAGACUGGAUGCACAAAUACCUACAUUUGUAUAAUGCUGAAAAGAAUUUGCACAGCAUUUAAAAGACACUUUAGGGAAAGUGAAAGGCAGACAGGAUUACAGUAGCAUUGUCAUGCAAUACUACGGUUUUGUAAUGCCAGAUCUAAGACAUUUGUCCUUAGGGUAGGAGUUAACAAAAAAAGAAAAAAAGUAACAAAAUGACUUCUAAGUGGUGCAAAAGAUUAUUAUUGUUAUGUUAAUCCUACCAAGUGGGCUUCCCCGAUUUUUUUUUCUUGUUUUAAAAAGGACAGCGGAUCCAGAUAUGUGGAGAUUUCCGCUGCAAUUAUUAGUAAACGAAAACCUGUCCCGUUUAUUCUCAAAAACAGCAGCAACUGCAAAAUUUUGGAUUAAACGUGUGAAUUCUUAAAGGUUGACACGAACAUUCUGCAGAAUUGAUGAUUUUGUAGUGUUUAUAGUCUGUCAACGUGUCUUACCCAACCCAGCUGAAAUGGUUCAAUGGUUUUAGCUAUUAAAUUGCUUCCUGGACAUAAAAGCUCAGCAGGCACCGACUAAUCUAUAUUACACAGCUUCCACAAAACAAUACACCUAUUUCUGUAAUCUAGAGUGCCUGAGCAUAUAAACCACUCGUUUGGGCUAGUGAUGCUUUACCUUUCGUAACUUGAAGGAGGAAAUCGCACACACACAAGGAAAAAUAUUCCCUAAACCAAUUCUGAACAGGUAUUUGCACGUUUCAGGGCAAAAAAAACCUGAAUUCUAAAAACAAAAAAAAUUUAGCCACAUCUUGGCCUCUGGCCUUGCUAUUCUGCCUUAAUGCUGCCAUUCCUGCAUCAAUACCCGGUGAAAUGCUCUCAGUCUACACCAUUUAAAUUCAGAUAUAUUUUCCAAAACCAGUAGAACUGAAAGCUUGCCAUUCUGUCAAGUUGACAACACACAGAAAGCUAAACAUUGGCUGCUAAUAAAGUAAAGCCACACUUUUUUAUAAUUUGUUAUACAACAACACAAACUGUAUUCCUCAUUGAAGAAACAGUUAGUAGGGAACAAUAUUAUCUAAAUUUGUAUAGCGCCAACAUGUUCUGCAGUACUUUACAAUUAAGUGAAGGCCAAAGUAGUCUAACUUAAUCCAUAACUGAAUGGGAGAAUAUUUUCAGAUCGACUAUUUUGACCUUGAAUUUGAAAUUCACUUUGAAUACCCACCAAUUCUCACGUUAGUGAAUAUCCUGGUCAGAUGAGCUUACAAUCUAUGAGGAUUUGUAGGUAGGUAGAUAUCCAUCAUUAGGGGUCUUUAUCAGGGACACUUACUGGUGAGGUAGUCUGAUUGGAUUUUAAACUGGCUUUCCCAGUUCAUGAUAUAUAACAUUAAUCCACACAUCCCUCCAAAUGCAAAUGCAGUGUGGCUUUGAGUGGCUUUGCUCACCCAAAUCUGGUAAAUAAAAAAAAAUAAAAAAUGUAUCACCAAAUACUGAUAUGGACAUUUGUCAAUCAUGGUUGGUCAUGGGCUGCAAAAUUAUUGAACAAGAUCUAUGAAGACUUUGUGGGACCCACAGAUUUCACUCAAUUAUUGUCUGUGCACAUUGAACAAAAUAUGUUAAAUGGUGCUAACGCUUGUCUAAAGUUUCCUGUAACUUUAUCCAUUUCCUGGACCAUGGUUUAAGUAUGUCUCAGUUUCAAAUAAGUACAGGCUGUUAGUUAGAGAAAAUUCACUGUAGCCUAGUUUCUUAAAAAAAUAAAACAUUUUCCCACUUUAUUGCCAGGAUCCCAGCAAGCUAAAUGCAAUAUUUGCUUGUUUUGGCUUGGUGUGCUACAGUAGCCACAAUUUAUUUCAGUAAAACAGUCAACAUUUCUACAAUUUACUUAAACAUUGUGGGUUGGCAGCGUUACAAACUGCUUCAACUGGUCAAGCAAAGUGGUUUUGUACAAAUUUUCCUUAAAUUUCCAUAAAGUCUUCCGUGGGUCAGGGCCACUCGGUGAAAACAAGUAUGAAAUUAUCCAGACAAAUUGGUAUUCUGACUCUUUAUAUGAAAACUAUGUGCUAGUCCUCAAUAUGUAUAAGAUAUAUCCCUUCCCAUAAAAUAAUACAGAUAUUGUACACUCCAAUGCUUUCUUUUUAAUCUCUUUGAUGUCUGUAACCUUCGCUAUACAUACAAAAGAAUAAACAGAAAUAAAUUAGUCUUACACAAAAUCUAAAAGAUAUUUCACUCGCGUAUUCCUGAGCAAUCACCACUUCGUUGCUGUUAUAUACACAAAGAAAAAUACAGGCUCAAUUUAAUUCUCCUCUCUCUCGUAAAUACUAUCAGGAAUAUCCACUAAAGGGAGAAUUGUUGGGAAAUAAAAUUAUAUUUAAAACUAAAGGCUGAUCCAGCAAAACUGGAAAAUUAACACCAUUGUAGCCAAACCGGGAUCAUAGUUGACUUGGAGAAUUUUCAAGUUUGGAUAUUUGGGCAGUAAAUCUGCACUUUAAAUUUGCCACAAUUUCCACUUGAGUUAAUAACCCCAUGAAUGGGUUGGCCCCCUUUCAUAUGGCUAUAAAUGGUCAAACAGUGGAGUUUGUAUAGUAUUUCAAACCAAGUAUAUCAACUUUUCUGUGGGUCAUGGCCCACAUCGCAAAAACACGGUCUGAUUUCAUUUUACACCACUAACGCACACCGAAUUCCAACAGACGAAUCUUAACAGCCCAGCACGUGAUAGAACAAGAGUCAAGUAGGAUCUGACAAUUUUUGAAAAAGGAACGCCUGUGUUACCAUAGCACAGUUCAUCAACAUAUUUUAAGAUCAACAGCGCAGUAUGGGAAAGACAGUCCCAAUCUUUCUCAAAAUGGUUAUUGUCACUGUGAAGAAAUCCCUCUUUUAUGUUUAAUAUUUCUUCCCUAUUCAUUCAGUAGAAGUAACUACCGAACAGAGACCACCCUCCUGGCUCCUUAAACUUCAAAGAAUACCUCAAUUGAACCCUCUAACUGUGCGGCCAGCGUUUGUACUACCGAACGCCACGUGGCUGAGAAAACGGCGGUCCUUGUUUUUUUAUGCAAACAAAGGCAGCGGGACUUGGUCGUCGAGUGUCUGGAAUUAAAAUCGGACACUUGACUUCCCGAACACUGGUCUCAACAAGCGAACGCUGGAUCUUUAUUUCCCGAACAGCUAGAAAUUAUUCAUUUUUUGCCACUUAAUGAAAUAGACUGGCAAAACUACCCAAACUCAUGGAACUAUUUGGGGCAGCCACCUCGCUGUUAGCCGGUCACAAAAGACUUCCAUAAUUUUUUGAGAACCCCUGAACUUUGAAAUUUUAAUAUGUUGGUCACUCAGAUUGGGGCUAUCAGGGGAUAUAUUGUUUGUGGGGAUACCAUAUGCCUAAAGGGGUGUUCUGAAUAAAAUUUUAAUUUUUCUGCCUGGAGAUAAUCAAGUUAUUACUUUAUCAGACUUGAUUAUCUCGAGGACUAGGGGAGGGAAUUGUAUGUUUGUGCUGGGAGUGUUUUACGUUUUUCCUGUAAAUGAUUGGUUGUACUGUGUCCCUCCCUGUGGGAUGUCCCCUUGCAUGGGGACUUGCAUAAAAGCUAGUGUGUGGUCAUUAAAACACAGUUCUGUUGCACCCUUCUUCUAGACUUCGGCUGAUGUUUGGGGAUUCGUACGCUUUAUUAAGGGAAUCAUCUUGUAAAGCUAUUGUAUUCGUAUGUAUUUUCGUUUAUUUCACCUACCGAACGGAGAGCUAUAAUCACUGACGCUCUGGCGGUUCGGGAGGAAACUACCGAAUGAGGAUUGGAUAUCCUAGGUUUCCUUACAACUGGUGGCAAGCGGAGGGAUUGGAAUCCUGAAAUGACGUUCUGAACCAAGCAAGGGAAUGAGUGACUCAGCAAUACCAGCUACUUAAAAGAUCCACGCUAAAAGAUUUACUGGAAGCUCGAGGCAUAGUGGCAAGUAGCAAGACAAAAGCCUGGUUAAUUGCGGAUUUAAUACAGGGCGACGAAACCAGUAAUACAGAGAUGGAGCACGAGGAAGAAACCGAGAUGCAGAAGGAUAUCAGAUGGAUGCUCAGUGUAUUGGGACCCAAUCCAUCAACAGAGGCAGUUCUGCAGGUCAUGGCACAAGCCAGGCAAUAGCAAAAAGAGUGAGACGAUCGAGACAGACCGUUACAGGGGGAUUUGCUACACUCCCCAGGAAGUACAAAUGACCUACCAAAGAAGGUAAACUAUGCAGCGUUUAAAACUUUUAAUGAUAAUGAUAUGGAGAUUGAUAGUUAUCUACAAGACUUUGAACGUCAAUGUGCGCUGGAGGGAUUAGACUCCACAAAAUGGGCUGCAGUACUUAGCAGCAAGCUAUCAGGAAGAGCAGCAGAGGUGUUGUGAGCAGUACCUGAUGGGGACAUACACAAUUAUGGCAAGGUAAAAGACAUUUUGUUUGCCAGAUACGCUGUAACCCCAGAGGCGAACAGGAAGAAGUUUAGGGAACUUCGGAAAACAGGGUAAGAUUUGCACACUGAAUGGGCUUUCCGGCUACACAGGGCAGCCCGGAAUUGGAUGCAGGGCUGCCAAGCAACUACCCUGGAGGAUGCCUUACAGCUCAUACUAUUGAAGUUUUUUAACCACACAGCAGACGAUAUAAAAGACUGGGUAAAGGACAGAAAACCCCAAACUGUGGAGGAAGCCGCCAGACUAGAACAGGGUGGCGAGAAGAGGGUGUGAGCAGACCAACUUUUAAACACAUCUACCCAGUACCAGCAACGCCUGCACCACCUAGAGCCUCCAUAAGUAACCCUCCCCAAGGCCCAGCAGCAACACCUCAACCCCUUGCAGUGUGUCAUUACUGCAAGCAACCAGGACAUUACAAAAACCAGUGUCCUCAUUUGAACCGAGGAAGCUGGGAAAGGCAACCACCACAACAGGAAAGUCCUACCAGCGUCCCUAACCAAGAAGAACAGUGGAGUGUCUUGCAUGAGGUCAAUCCAGUGCAAGCUGGGGGCGACAACCGGGACCACAACCGUCAAUGGAUUACAGUAGAUGGCGUGGGGGCCCGAGCUAUGAGAGACUCUGGGGCCACACUAACCGUAGUACAACCACACACGGACAAGGCCCAAGCUCGCACCGGCCGCAUGGUAGCUGUGAGGGUGACUGGGGGUGCCAUACACAAGCUACCCACAGCCAACGUCCUUGUCGACUGGGGUUCUGGAUCUAAACAGUUGGAGGUUGGCAUUAUGCAGGACUUGCCGGCAGUGGUCUUAUUGGGGAACGAUGUAGGCUGUUUAACCUCUCAACUCUCACGGGACCCUACUUCAGAAGCCUACCCGGUUACAACCCGAGCACAAGCCAGACUGGAAGCACCGCUGCACUCUGAGGAAAACCAAGUAGGAGUUGAAAUACCCCCUUUGCCCGACCCCCCUUCCACUUUCUGGGAUACUCCACAGGGUUUUGAACAGGAACAGAAAACAGACCCCACACUAGUGGUGACAGCACUCACAAAAGGUUUGAGUGGUAUAAGGGAUUAUUGUAUCGAGUGACAGGAGGGGUGGGACACGGGGCCACCCAAGUCACUAAAAGACAGCUGGUAGUACCCCGAAAGUUUCAUGCUGAGUUAUUAAAACUCAGUCACAACAUUCCCUUAGCAGGACAUCUAGGGGUUAAGAAGACGAGGGACCGGUUGACCCAAACGUUCUUCUGGCCUAGGAUCACGCAAGAUCUUAAAUAUUAUUGUGAAACGUGUGACAUAUGUCAAAAGAUAGGGAAAAGAGGUGACCACCAAAAAGCCAAACUCCACCCUUUACCCAUUAUAGAAGAGCCGUUUCACCGAGUAGCGGUAGACUUAAUAGGACUCCUCGGCCGACCCACUCAGUCCGGCAAAAAGUUCAUCAUUAACUGUAGUGGACUUCGCCACUAGAUACCCUGAAGCAGUAGCCCUCUCGAACAUAGAGGCUGAGAGCUGAGGCCCUAGUUAAAAUUUUCUCCCUGGUAGGUUUUUUAUCCUGUCCGAUAGGGGGACUCAGUUCACAGCACUCCUGACACAGCAAUUGUGGCAGAGCUGUGGAGUAAACCCCCUAUUCAGUGCCUCCUAUCACCCCCAGACCAAUGGACUCUGUGAACAUUUUAAUGGCACGCUCAAGCAGAUGCUAAAGAACUUCGCAGAGUCCUGCAGGAAUUGGGAGAAGUAUCUACCCCACCUUCUGUUUGCCUACCGCGAAGUGUCCCAGGCAUCCACCGGGUUUUCCCCCUUCGAACUCCUGUACACUCCUGGAUCUUGUAAGGGAGCACUGGGAGGGCAACACAGAUGAGGGGGGAGUCCCUAUCGUCCAGUAUGUUCUGGAGUUCCGGGACCGACUACGGGCCCUCACCAAAUCUGUUCGGGAGAACCUGCAGCGGCCCAGGAAUGCCAGAAGAAGUGGUAUGAUAGGGGCACCAGAGAUAGGGUACUAGAAAUAGGACAGAAGGUGUUGGCAUUAAGGCCCGUUAAGAAGGACAGGCGGCCUGGCAGGGACCCUUUAAGGUAGUGGCGCACAUAAGCGAUACCACCUAUAUUGUGAGCAAGUGUUCAUAUGAAAGGCUGACCAAAGCUUUUCUUGUAAACAUGCUCAAGCCCUAUUUCGAGAGGACUGAAGAUGUGGGCGCAGUAUGUGCCCCCUCUUACGAGGAUAGUGAGGGACUGCCCCUCCCCGAUUUAUUAGACACCUCCCCAUGUACUAUUGACCAAGUAAGCUUGGGUCAAAAAUUAAACCCCAUAGAGAAGAGUGAGGCAUCUCAGCUGCUUCAGGGAUACCAAGGAAUGUAUUCUGCCAUACCAGGAUAUACCUCCGCUGCGGUACACCGUGUAGAAACCCAGGGAGAAACGCUGUUAUGGCAGCAACCAUAUCGUAUCCCUGAGGCAGUACGUGAAAAUAUGCUCGCUGAAAUAGGGGAUAUGCUCAAAUUAGGGGUUAUCGAACCCUCUCAGAGUCCUUGGGCUUCGCCGGUAGUCUUAGUACCGAAGCCACAGGAUAGGUUCCGGUAGGCAGCAUCCAGAGCCUGCUAAAUUAGAGGCCAUAGCCAAUUGGCCUCAGCCCCGUACUAAAACCCAGGUAUUAGCCUUUUUAGGGACGGCCGGCUACUACCAAAAAUUUGUCCCAGAGUAUAGCGCCCUGGCCAAACCUCUCAUCGACCUUACCAAAAAGGCCCUAUCUAAACAAGUAACCUGGACCCCAGAGUGCGCGGACGCUUUUCAGAGACUUAAAGCUGCAUUAAGUGAGGCCCCUGUGUUGGCAGCGCCCAACCAUACUAAACAAUUUCUUGUACACACAGAUGCCUCCAUGUUUGGGUUGGGAGCCGUGUUGAGUCAGGUGGGGGGACGACGGCAUGGAACACCCGGUGGCAUAUCUCAGCCGUAAACAUUUGCCCAGAGAGGUCAGCUAUGGCACCAUGGAAAAAGAGUGCCUAGCCCUAGUUUGGGCCCUCAAGAAACUUCAACCUUAUCUGUAUGGACGACCAUUUACUCUUAUGACCGACCACAACCCCCUCGUGUGGCUAAACCUGGUAGCUGGUGACAACCCCAGGCUAUUACGGUGGAGCCUAGCCCUUCAGCCAUAUAACUGAAGCUAUAACUAUGCAAUACCGUCCGGUAAUGCGGACGGUCUGUCCCGACAGACCGAACUGGACUCCUAAAGUACUUUUCUCGGACAUCCCCAAGCCAACCCGACAGGGUCUAGGCGGGUAUGCUGACCAAGGGACUAUAGGGGAGCAGUGUGAAGAAAUCCCUCUUUUAUGUUUAAUAUUGCUUCCCUAUUCAUUCGAUAGAUGUAACUACCGAACAGAGACCACCCCCCUGGCUCGUUAAACUUCAAAGAAUACCUCAAUUGAACCCUCUACCUGUGCGGCCAGCGUUUGUACUACCGAACGCCAUGUGGCUGAGAAAACGGCGGCCAUCUUUUUUUUUUAUGCGAACAAAGGCAGCGGGACUUGGUCGUUGAGUGUCUGGAACUAAAAUCGGACACUCGACUUCCCGAACACCGGUCUCAACAAGCGAACGAUGGAUCUUUAUUUCCCGAACAGCUAGAAGAGUGCUGUUCGGUAUUUUUGUUCAUUCGAAUGAGGGGAACAAUCGCUGCUAAGAGCCAGGGAAAACCAUUCGUGGAAUUAUUCGGUUUUUGCCACUUAACGAAUGUGUCUUACUACCGGAGUGGGGGUGACAGUAUUCUUGACAGAGGUGAUAUGUUGCAGAAUCCUGCGCCUAAACUCUUGAUACGUUUUACCGAUAUAUUGGGUACCACAAUUACAGGUGAUCAAAUAGAUCAAUCGUGUAGAACUGCAAUUGACUAAGGCAUUAGUCUCAACCCUAAUCUGGGUUUGGGUGGAUGUGGUAAAUUUAGAGGGCAAAAUAUAUUGGCAGGCCUUGCAAGACACAUUCUCAAUUUCCAUAGUGGGGAUCCGGACAAUUUGAGAUUCCAGGCUAUUGAGAAAUUGCUACCUAAUCAUCGAAAGGCGAUUUAAAAAAAACUCUGCUCAGGAAAGAAUCACAGUGGAUUUUCUCGUUUAAGACCCUGGUUCCUUCGGGUCUUAACAAAGAAUUCAACUAUAUAGCAUUUAUACACCAUUAAAACUGUUAGUUAUUUAUACACUAACUAAUGAUCUCUCCUUCUUAAACCUUUUUAGGAUCUGUACAACCAUCUUUUAGACUCUGAAGGCAGAUGUCUCCUCUUUUGGCACUACUUGUUACAUAUUAUAAAAUUUUGGACAUUAUUACUUCUGUAUUUAUUAUAUUUUUUUGUUAUACUUUCAGUAGAUUAGUAGUUCGCUUUAGAACUCAUACAAAAACACUUUAAUUGGUACAGUGGCUCGCAGAUAUUGUUUUGAUUUGAUCAUUUUUAUUAUAUGGCGAUGGUGAUUAGUAACAGGGUUGAUAAGUCAGGUUGGGUUUACAUUAUAUGUUAUAUUACCACACAUCCCACCUUUUUGAUGAUCCCUAUUAUUGGACUGUAUCUUUGACAAAUGUACUGAAUUUAUUGAUAUUUUUAUAAUUCAAUUGACAAAGUCUAUUUGAAAGAUUAGACAGUUCCCCUGUUUAUCGGCAAUGAUCUGUAUUUUCUAGUCGCACGCAGCCAUAAUUAAUUGAGCUCGGCUAUUUUUAUCUCUUGAGCCAUCUCAGCCACCGUACUCAGUUAUAUCCCCGUAUUCCAGGAUGUGACCUAUGAGAUCCAAGGGCGGGCUUUUUAAACCCUGGCAGACUGGUGAGUCAGUUCCCCCUGAUGAGCUUUUACUCUAAGGCGAAACGCCCGUCGGGGCUCAACGACGGUUAUUUAGUUAACCAGUUGCUCUAUCUCCCGUUCUCUUGGAUAUCCCCUUACCUUGAUGGGUAGAGUUCGAUAAAGGGAUACACUCAUGAGUUACUUAGGUAUCCAUAGCAAUUUAGACAUUUGAUCAUUAUGCAUGGAUCACAGACAGACUAGUUAUCGAUUAAUAAACUAAUAGAUUUUUUGUAUUUUGCUAUACACUAGUUUUCCGGUUCUCUGUUUGAUAACAUUAGGACUUUUUUUUUUUUCCUUACUUUUCUAUACCAGGUGCUCUUUCUCACUAUUUCUCACUGCACCUUUCUCACUAUUUUUAUGUUUAUUUGAUUCAUAUUAAGUUUAGUUAAUUUAGCACUCUGGUUUCUUUAUUGAGGUAACCGGCAUAUCAUUGUCAGUUACACUUUAUGGAUUGAUAAUCUGAUUCCCUUUUUACCGGAGACCGGUGAACGGACUGGAUGUGUAUGGACAGGUUAUGUAGCGGUAUUUCCACAGGUUGUGGCUAUUUACUCCGCGUUAGUUACUUCUUGUGAUACAUGGACACAAUACUGUAUCGGAUCUGGUUAUGAUACAUUGAUAACAACUUAAAUUGAUACACGCUGCAUAGCUUUCCUAGUGGGAGUCCAAUUUAUUUUGCUUAGUUUUGUUUUUAUGUUUUUCGUUAUCAUUUCUCACCUUUUAUUGUGUGUAUAUUUUUGCUUGCACUGCUAUAAUGGACUUCUCGAUUAAGUCAGGAAGUCAUAGCUAGAGUAUAUGUGUUUUUGGUUUAAUAAUAAAGUAUCUUUGAGAUUUUUAAUUAUGAUUAGUUUGUCCAUCGUAUGUCACACUUGAUAGUGUUGGAACAGAUUUUUGCAUCUUUUUUGUUAUUAUUUGUUUAGGGUUACCCCCUUAUCUGUUCCUAUUGAUAUAGGGACAUUGAUCUUCUGGCCAUUCAUUUAUUUAUUUACCAUAAGGUAUGAGGUGCAUACGUACACCUACAGAACUGUCCUAUGAUGAGGAUUUGCCACAUUUUUUAAUAUUGAGAAAACCUUGAUGUGCAUGAUUCAGGCAUAAACCUACAAAUUCCAGGGAGCGAGGCCUGACCAGCAUGGUGACUGGAUGUGAAUCCUAUGAGCUCCUGGAGAAGCACGCAACAAAAUCCUAUUUUCAAGCUGCUCCACUCAAACUCGCACUCGUUAAAUCUAAAAUUUGACCUACAUACUGACUGACCGUCUUGACAGCGCAUUCCGCAGUUAUCUCCGGGCACUGUCACUGAGUGAGGCCUAGCAGGCGCUGAGACGGGUUGAGGCGGCCGCUCUCCCAGACCCGCGCAGGCAGGGCUCCGAGUAUGAUCCUGAUGCCCCAUUACCCCCCUCUGGACCGGCGGGGGUGAUCCCGGUCUCCAUCUUCAUAGCUCCCCAGACCCUAUGAAGAGCUGUGGCAGAGCCGUAAACUGGUACCCGAACCGCAUCCCAGCAUGUAAGGCAGUUCCCACCAGAGGCCCGAGGCGCACGAGGCGGCAGAGGUUGCACCGGCGCAUAAAGAAUAAGGCACUUCACCGGCAGACACUGAAGCCACAUCCCUCCAUGCCCAUGAUGACAGAAAAGUGGAAAAUAGGAGAGGAAGAAGGGAAGCAACUGCAGCCACAGAACCCAUCACUGCUAACUUCGGCAACAAGCCUACAAAUUCAAGCAAUGUGGGACUGUGCAAUACCAGUUAAAGGGAUAGGCUGACGGCAUUAUAUUUUAGUACAAGAGAUAUACACUGCUGACCCAGCUCCCCUUAGCUACCAAUUUCUUUGUUUUUGUUACUGAAUAUGUCAUGCCACCAGUGUUCCUCUACUUAAUAAUUAACUGCCUACUCGAUAUAGCAUAUUAAUGCAUAGUAUACCCGUGUUCCUUUUAUUAUCCUUUUAUCCAUGUCUAGCCUGUUAUGCCAAGGAAAGAAUAAGCUAAUACUCACCAUGUCUAUCUUUCUUACCAGUUAUACUAUUCUGCAUUUGCCUAACAUUUAGACAGGAUUGCUCACCCUGCUUAAUACAUCAAGAAUUGCCAGCAAUCUUUGAAGUUAAGCCUGUACCGCUAUACAGUUACACAGUUACAAAGUUACAUAGCUGAAAAGAUACUUGCGUCCAUCAAGUUCAGCCUUCCUCACAUAUGUUUUUGCUGUUGAUCCAAAAGAAGGCAAAAAACUCAGUCUUAAGCGCUUCCAAUUUUGCAACAAACUAAAAAAAAUUCCUUAUUGACCCCAAAAUAGUAGUCAGAUGUCUCCUUGGAUCAAGCAGCUAUUACCCCACUAAUUAGAAAUUAUAUCCCUGUAUGUUGUGUCUUUGUAAGUAUUUAUCCAAUUGCAGUUUAAACAUCUGUAUGGACUCUGACAAAACCACCUCUUCAGGCAGAGAAUUCCAUAUCCUUAUUGCUCUGUAAAAAAAAACUUUUCUUUGCCUUAGAUGAAAUCUCCUUUCUUCCAGCCUAAAUGUGUGACCUUGUGUCCUAUGUAUAGCCCUGUUUAUGAAGAGAUUUCCAGAUAAAGGUUUGUACUGGCCCCGAAUAUAUUUGUAUAAUGUUAUCAUAUCACCUCUCAGGUGCCGUUUUUCCAAACUAAAGAGAUUUAAAUUUUUUAACCUUUCUUCAUAGCUAAAAUGCUCCAUUCCUUUUAUCAAUUUUGUAGCUCGUCUCUGCACUUUUUCUAGUGCCAUGAUAUUUUUCUUUAGAACAGGUGCCCAAAAUUGCACAGCAUAUUCAAGGUGUGGUCUUAAAGAGGCAAAAUUAUAUUUUCAUCUCGAAAAUUUAUGCCCCUAUUUAUACAUGACAAAACCUUACUGGCCUUAGCAACGGCAGAUUGACAUUGCAUAUUGCUGCCUAAUUCGUUGUCUAUAACAAUUCCCAAAUCCUUCUCGUGUGUGGUUAUCCCUAAUUCACUACCAUUUAGGGUGUAAGUUGCUUGUGCAUUCUUGACCUCGAAGUGCAUAACUUUGCAUUUCUCUACGUUAAAUUUCAUCUGCCAUUUUAGUGCCUAGUCCCCCAAUCUAUCCAAAUCCCUCUGCAGCAAGGCAAUAUCCUUCUCACAUUUUAUUACUUUACACUUUUGUCCAGCUUGAAAAUUUACCAUUAAUGACAACUCGUUGUACUCUAUCCUUAAGCCAAUGUGUUACCCAAGAACAAGAAUAUUCAUCUAGACCAAUUUAUUUUAGUUUGAACACUAACCUAUUGUGAGGAACCGUAUCAAAUGCCUUGGCAAAAUCCAAGUAGAUCACAUCCACUGCAACACCCUGAUCUAUACUUCUACUUACUUCUUCGUAGAAUGCAAUUAGGUUAGUUUGACAUGACCUAUGUUUCAUAAAACCAUGCUGAUUAUUGCUAAUAACAAAGUUCUUCCCAAUGAAUUCCUGAAUAUUAUCCCUUAAUAGCCGUUCAACUAAUUUCCCAGUCACAGAAGUUAAGCUCACAGGUCUAUAAUUUCCAGGCAAGGAUUUUGAACCCUUUUUAAAUAUAGGAACAACAUCUGCCUUCCUCCAAUCCUCCGGUACAAUACCUGAAACAAAAGAAUCUUGAAAAAUGUAAAUUAAUUAUGUUGUAAUAUUCACCCUCUUCCCUUCCAUUCUAGCACACUCAGACGUCCUAGCUUGCAACACUAGCAAUACUGCCACGGCUCACCUCAAAGCCUCCCUCACAACGCACACUAGAUGUACACUAACCACGUUAGUACGCUACACAAGACACCAUAUUAGAUGUGCUGUACUCUUGCCUAUAUAUAUAUAAUAGGAUAGCCGAGCAGGAUUUCAUUACAUAGCCUCUACCUAACUUGUCCAACAUAAAACACUAUCUUAUAACACACCACUGCUACAAACGCAUACUAAAAUACUCUCUUGAUAACCAUUAUACAAAAAAUGUGCACCUAUAUUAUAUACCGCAACUGGUAAACUUUGUCUUUUUUGAAACAUGCUAAGGCUGUUGGGGCAUAGAAUGAAAGCUUGUUAUGUGGACUCAUGCACGGAAAAAUAAAGAAUUAAAAAAACAAACAAAAAAAAAAAAAAAACUACAAAUUCCUGGUGAAUAACGCCCUGUUAGCAUAAACUGCCAGCACACAUUGUGAUGGAACCCUUGUCCAUCUUGACCUGGCAUAUGACAAGCUCCUAUAAUGGGAUAAAAUAUAUUGCUCAAUUAAGCCACCAGAGGGCACCAUUAAGAAGAAGAAAAUAGAGGCUAAUGGACAAGACGGCAAAACGGAUUACCUUGAAAAGCUGACUGGACUCAAAUAUUGAUUAUAAGAGAGUCUAUUGUUGUAAAGUUACUAUGUUACAUUAAAGUACAGUUUAAGCACUGAAUGUGAUUUAUUACUUUAUUAGGGUAGGGUUUUUUGUUUUUUUUCUUCUGUUGGUGGGGGGGGGGAAUUGAAAAAAUGUUAGAUGUGAAAAACAUUUUCACAGUUUUAAAAAUUAAAGUGGCACUGACAUUUUUUUUAUUCUUUCACGUUUCUUUUCCUUGUGUCCCUUGAAACUUUCAAUGAAGUGGUCUCGGUGCAGUUUUCCUGUCCUUUUAACCGUGCAAUGUAAAACAUUACGCUUUUGAGAAACUGCGAUGUUUACAAUGCAGGGUUAAGUCAAGAUCUAGUGACUGUUAUACUGACAGCCGCUAGGGGCGGAUCCGCUGCAUUGACCGGGUAAAACUCUGUCAUGUGACGCGUAAGGACCCAUAUGAAAUUGAUUCAAUGCUUUCCUAUGGAAACUGUGAAUGCGCAUUAGGUCCCCAACGCUCCUUGGAAUAGCAUAAGAAAACCUUCAUAUUUUAAACACUUUAUUGCUACAUGUAGGGACAGGAACACUAAAGUAUUAGGAAUACAGAAAUGUAUUCCUGACGCUAUAGAGUUCCUUUAAUGAUUACAGUUCCUCACUUCCUACUUUAUUUAUAUUUAUUAGGUUUUCUUCCUUGACGAGACUGCAAUUCCUGGAUGCAGUCAUUUUGUUUUCCUCUUUCCAUAAUGUCUGCAGUUUGCCCUUCUGUGGGAUUAUUUUGCCUGAUGGACUAUGGUUAAAUUAGCCUAGUAAUUGCUUAUAAACGUUGCUUAAAGCACAACUGUCACCUCAAAAUUAGCUUUACUUAUAAUAAUCCUGUCAUCGAGUUUUGAAAGGAAAUAGUUUUUUAAUUAAAUUAAUUAAUGUAUAUUCCUUCAGCCACAUACAUACACCUUGGGUCGGACAGUGUUUGAAAACUGACCGUCACUUCCUGCACAGAAGCAGGGAAGACGAGAGACUGUCAGUCUUCACACAAUGUAUCCACGUAUUUGGCAAUCGCACACAUGGAAAUCAAACUGAGGGGGCCAUCCACUAGACUUCUAGCCAUAUAGCCUCAUCCAAAAAAGGUUGCUUCCCACGUUUAUUAUUAUUAUUUUAUUAUUUAUAUAGCGCCAUCAGAUUCCGUAGCGCUGUACAAUGGGUGGACUAACAUACAUGUAAUUGUAACCAGACAACUGGACGUACAGAAACAGAGGGGUGGAGGGCCCUGCUCAAUGAGCUUACAUUCUAGAGGGAGUGGGGUAUAGUGACACAAAGAGUAAAAGUAGGGGUAUGAAGUAGGUUGUUAGAAAAGUAUUCACUGAGGGCUUAGUAGGUAAUUUUUGACAGUUGCAGGAGAGGAGUCAUGGAGGGUGGGGGAUGAAAACCUGCGAACAGUUUAAUUGAUAUGCUUUCUUGAAGAAGUGAGUUUUCAAUGAUUUUUUUUGAAUGACUGGAGACUGGGUGAAAUUCUUACGGAGAAGGGAACGGAGUUCCACAGAAGAGGUGCAACCCUAGAAAAGUUUUGGAGGCGAGCGUUAGAGGUGGGUAUACGGACAGAGGAUAUACGUAGGUCUUUGGCAGAGUGUAGGGGCCUCGACGGGACAUACUUGUGUAUUAGGGAGGAUAGGUAGGUUGGAGCAGCAUUAUGUAGGGACUUUUAAGCAAGCACCAGAAUUUUAAAUUGAGCUCUAUAUCUAACUGGAAGCCAGGGAUUGACAGAGGGAGGGAGGCGUGGGAGGUGCGGGAGGACAGGAAAAUGAGCCUUGCUGCCGCAUUCAUUAUAGAUAGCAGCAGUGCAAUCUGGGAACACGUAAGACCACUGAGAAGAGUAUUGCAGUAGUUCAGGCGAGAGAGAACAACAGCAUGGACCAGCACCUUGGCCGCAUCCGGGGUUAAAUAGGUCCGGAUGCGCACUAUGUUUUUGAGAUGGAAGCGACAGGAUUUGGCGACUGAUUGGACAUAGAAACACAGAAUGUAACGGCGGAUAAGAACCAUUCGGCCCAUCUAGUCUGCCCAAUUUUCUAAAUAUUUUCAUUAGUCCCUAGCCUUAUCUUAUAGUUAGGAUAGCCUUAUGCCUAUCCCACGCAUGCUUAAACUCCCUCACUGUGUUAACCUCUACCACUUCAGCUGGAAGGCUAUUCCAUGCAUCCACUACCCUCUUAGUAAAGUAAUACUUCCUGAUAUUAUUUUUAAACCUUUGUCCCUCUAAUUUAAGACUAUGUCCUCUUGUUGUGGUAGUUUUUCUUCUUUUAAAUAUAGUCUCCUCCUUUACUGUGUUGAUUCCCUUUAUGUAUUUAAAUGUUUCUAUCAUAUCCCCCCUGUCUCGUCUUUCCUCCAAGCUAUACAUGUUAAGCUCCUUUAACCUUUCCUGGUAAGUUUUAUCCUGCAAUCCAUGAACCAGUUUAGUAGCCCUUCUCUAAACUCUCUCUAAGGUAUCAAUAUCCUUCUGAAGAUACGGUCUCCAGUACUGUGUACAAUACUCCAAGACAUGAGAGUAGUAACACUUCAGGGAGGAAAGACCAGAAGUUCUGUUUUGGACACGUUGAGUUUAAGAAAAUGAGCAGCCAUCCAUUUGGAAAUCAAAGAGAGGCAAGAGGGGCGGAGAGAGAUCAGGAGAGGACAGGUAGAUUUGCGUGUCAUCCGCAUAGAAAUGAUAACGGAAGCCAAAGGAGCUGAUGAGUUUACCAAGGGAGGCAGUGUAGAUAGAGAACAAUAGGGGACCAAGGAGAAAACCGCCGACAGAGAGUGGUUGGGGGGAAGAGGCAGAGUCAGAGAAAGAAACACUGAAAGAGCGCUGGGAGAGGUAGAAAGCGCACCAGGAGAGAGCAGUAUCCCGUAGACCAAAAUUACGGAGAAUGCGAAGAAGCAGUUGAUGAUCAACAGUGUCAAAGGCAGCAGAAAGAUCAAGGAGAAUUAGGAUAGAGUAAUGGCCGCGAGAUUUAGGAGCAAUUAAAUUGUUGGAUACUUUGGUCACAGUUGUUUCAACAGAAUGACCAGAGCGGAAUCCAGACUGAAGGGGGUCAAGCAGAGAGUUGGUUUCGAGAAAGUCAGUCAGUCUGGUGUACACAGCUCUCUCUCGAGAAUCUUGGAGGCAAAUGGCAGUAGCAAGAUAGGGCGGUAGAUGGAUGGGGAGUUGGGGUCAAGGCUGGACUUUUUCAGAAUUGCGGUUACAGUUGCAUGUUUGAAGGGUGAGGGAAAUGUGCCAGAGGAAAGAUCAAGAGAGGGAGACAUAGUGUGGAUGAGAUAUGAAGGAAUAGGAUUGAGGGAUUGAGGAGGUGGGGCGGGAGGACCGGAGCAGAGCAGAAACUUCUUCUGCUGUAGCAGAUGCGAAUGAGCAAAAUUAGCGAUCUCUUCUCUGAUGGUAGAAAUCUCAGUGAAGUGAGAUGCAAAGUUUGUGGCGGACAAGGGGGUAGAAGGAGGGGAAUUAAAAGGGCGAAAAAGUGUGAAAUAGAUGUUUGGGUUGAUGGGACAGUGUACUUAUGAGGGUAUUAAAGUAAUUUACUUUUGCAGCAGAUAGAGCCAGGCUGUGGGUUACACAGUAUACAGGCUCUAUCUAUCAUUGGGACAUAAACUCACACUGACACCAUCAUCAUCAAUAUGAAAGUUACAAGAUUGUGAGCACUGUUCCAGCCUCAGAAUCUAAAGAUAUAAGGGUGGCUCCAUUUGACAAACAGCCACUGGUUUGAUAUCUUUAGAUGUUGCAAUAAUUAACUCCAGACUGUGGGUCUGCAUAGACUGUCUUUACGUAUAUGUCUACAGAUGACAGACACAAAAUCAACUGACCAUUCAGUGGGACAAUCAUCUGAUUACCAGCAGAUUACGUGUAAAUAUUCCCCUGAAGCAAACUGACCACUCUUCUACUUAAAAAAAAAAAAACAUUUACAGUAUAGUAUACUACAGAAAAUAUUACACCAAAUAAAAAAGUCUGUUCUGACAGUGUAAUAAAAGUAAUAUCACGCUCAUAAAAUAAUACAUUAAAUCAAACAAAUAAUACAACAUAACACAACAGGUUAGUACAUAACCAGAAAGUAUAAAACAGUUACUAUAGCACAGUACAUGAUAUGACCAGGUAAUAACAACCGGUAAUAUCGCACACAACAUAUUACAUGGUAGGGUGAUAAUAGAAUACUGGUAAUAUCAUAUGGUCAGAUAAUUACUAUAUACAGUUAAUCAAUUAAACAUUACAUACAGUAUGUGACAUGGUCAGAUAAUUACCAUAUACGGUAUAAUCAAUUUAAUAUCACAAACAGUAUGUGAUAUGGUCAGAUAAUUACUAUAUAUAGUAUAAUCAAUUUAACAUCACAAACAGUAUGUGAUAUGGUCAGAUAAUUAUCAUAUACGGUAUAAUCAAUUAAAUAUCACAUACAGUAUGUGACAUGGUCAGAUAAUUACCAUAUACGGUAUAAUCAAUUAAAUAUCACAUACAGUAUGUGACAUGGUCAGAUAAUUACCAUAUAUAGUAUAAUCAAUUUAAUAUUACAUACAGUAUGUGACAUGGUCAGAUAAUUACCAUAUACGGUAUAAUCGAAUUAAAGGAACACUAUAAUGUUAAGAAUACAAAACAUGUAUUUCUAAAGCUAUAGUGUCCCUGUCUGUAAUUUAAUAGGUAUCAACCCACCUCCGAGCAUGAAAGAGUUAAAAAACCUUUUUACACUUACCUUCCUCAGCGCUGGCUAGAUCUCCUCCUCCUGUGAUGUCACAACGAUGGGGGGGGACCUAGCGCGCAUGUGCGGUGAGUGCCACGCACACAUGAAAGCUAUCCCAUAGGAAAACAUUGAAUCAAUGCUUUCCUAUGGGGAAAUUGAAGACAUUACAUGUCUGCAUGCAAAGCAUGAGGACAUCCAACAUCAUUACAUGCAGUAAAACUCCAUGUUAUUCACCAGGAAGUGCCUGUAGUGGCUGUCAGUAUGAGAGCCACUAGAGGCGGUCUUAACUUUACAAUGUAAACAUUGCAAUUUCUCUAAAACUGCUAUGUUUCACUGGGUUAAGGGGACAGAGCACUGCAUCCAAACCACUUAAUUAUGAUCAAGUGUUCUGGGUGCCUAUAGUAUCCCAACAUCCCAUACAGUAUGUGCCAUGGUCAGAUUAUAACUAUAGGUAUAAUAUAGGAAAUAUUUAUUACUGUUGUUAUUAUUAUUAGCAUGUAUUCAUCAUUAACAUUUUUGGCCGUGCUUUACAAUUGGGGAUGUUCGACAUCAACAAGUAAUUUGCAUACAACAUAAAUUGAAAGAGACAAGCGAUGAAGACAUGCCUUUCCAAAUGAGAUCAUUGAAAAACACAGCGUGUGACAGAAUGCCAACUGCGUGGAAUGCGUGCGAGAAGCUACAUGAGAGAAGGCACGGACUCCUUUACACACUUUGGACUCUGUACCUACAACUCACAAGGCCCUGGAUGUCAUAACAAGCACACAGACACGCGAGCAUAAUCAACAGCUCUCUGCUGCUAUUACUGUGCAGUAUCACACAGUCACUAGCGCACGUUUACUCAGCAAAUACAUCACCCACAAUUAGCUCAACAUUGUGACAUAAGGUUAGAAAUUGAGAUUCAGUGUUAGAUUCAGACAACAAGAGAUUUUUUAAACAGACGGCAAGAUAAAAUUAAGACAAAUAUAAUCUCUGUAUAGAGGGUGGGCUCAGUGUAAGGGUUACAAUUAUAUAUAUAUACAUACACACCAGGUGGGUGAGAUGUGUGGAAAGGUAAAGAGAUCAUAAAAGCCCUUACAUUAAGACCACCCUGUAUACAGAUAUAGCAUUACCACUAAAGUCCCCCUGUAUACAGAGAUUUUAUUACCCCUUACACUGAGCUCACCCUUCAAAUAGCGAUUAUAUUACCCCUUACACUAAACUCCCCCUGUAUACAGAGAUUAUAUUACCCCUUACACUGAGCCUGCCCUGUGUAUAGAGAUUAUAUUACCCCUUACACUGAGUCCGCCCUGUAUAUAGAGAUUAUAUUACUGUUUACACUGAGCCUGCCAUGUAUAUAGAGAUUAGAUUACCCCUUACACCGAGCCUGCCCUGUAUAUAGAGAUUAGAUUACCCCAUACACUGGCUCUGUAUAUAGAGAUUGUAUUACCCCUUACACUAAGCAUGCCCUGUAUACAGAGAUUAUAUUAACCCUUACACUGAGCCCACCCUGUAUAUAUAGAUUAUAUUAACCCUUACACUGAGCCUGCCCUGUAUAUAGAGAUUAUAUUACCCCUUACACGUAGCCUGCCCUGUAUAUAGAGAUUAUAUUACCCCUUACACUGAGCCUGCCCUGUAUAUAUAGAUUAUAUUAACCCUUACACUGAGCCUGCCCUGUAUAUAGAGAUUAUAUUACCCCAUACACUGAGCCCACCAUGUAUAUAGAGAUUAUAUUACCCCAUACACUGAGCCUGCCCUGUAUAUAUAGAUUAUAUUACCCCUUACACUGAGCCUGCCCUGUAUAUAGAGAUUAUAUUACCCCUUACACGUAGCCUGCCCUGUAUAUAGAGAUUAUAUUACCCCAUACACUGGCCCUGUAUAAAGAGAUUAUUUUAUCCCUUACACUAAAUCUCCCCUGUAUAUAGAGAUUAUAUUAAACUUUACACUGAGCCCGCCCUGUAUAUAAAGAUUACAUUACCCCUUACACUAAGCCUGCCCGGUAUAUAGAAAUUAUAUCACCCCUUACACUGAUCCUACCCUGUAUAUAUAGAUUAUAUUACCCUUUACACUGAGCCUGCCCUGUAUAUAGAGAUUAUAUUACCCUUUACACUGAGCCUGUCCUGUAUAUAGAGAUUACAUUAACCCUUACACUGAGCCUGCCCUGUAUAUAGAGAUUAUAUUAACCCUUACACUGAGCCUGUCCUGUAUAUAGAGAUUAUAUUAACUCUUACACUGAGCCUGCCCUGUAUAUAGAGAUUAUAUUAACCCUUACACUGAGCCUGCCCUGUAUAUAGAGAUUAUAUUACCCCAUACACUGAGCCCACCCUGUAUAUAGAUAUUAUAUUAACCCUUACACUGAGCCUGCCUUGUAUGCAGAGAUUAUAUUACCCUUUACACUGAGCCUGCCCUGUAUAUAGAGAUUAUAUUACCCCAUACACUGAGCCCACCAUGUAUAUAGAGAUUAUAUUACCCCUUACACUGAGCCAACCCUGUAUAUAGAGAUUAUAUUACCCCUUACACUGAGCCAACCCUGUAUAUAGAGAUUAUAUUACCCUUUACACUGAGCCAACCCUGUAUAUAGAGAUUAUAUUACCCCAUACACUGAGCCCACCCUGUAUAUAGAUAUUAUAUUAACCCUUACACUGAGCCUGCCUUGUAUGUAGAGAUUAUAUUACCCUUUACACUGAGCCUGCCCUGUAUAUAGAGAUUAUAUUACCCCAUACACUGAGCCCACCCUGUAUAUAGAUAUUAUAUUAACCCUUACACUGAGCCUGCCUUGUAUGUAGAGAUUAUAUUACCCUUUACACUGAGCCUGCCCUGUAUAUAGAGAUUAUAUUACCCCAUACACUGAGCCCACCCUGUAUAUAGAGAUUAUAUUACCCCUUACACUGAGCCAACCCUGUAUAUAGAGAUUAUAUUACCCCUUACACUGAGCCAACCCUGUAUAUAGAGAUUAUAUUACCCCUUACACUAAGCCUGUAUUCAGACUGUAUUCAGUAUGGCUUUAUGAGGCCCUGUAUAUAUUGCUUUAAGUACAAUAUAAUAUCAAUUAACUGAACAGGUUAGAAACAAGUAAGAUUUAAUGUUUAUAUACAGACACAUUCAGAAUAAUCAGGGGAGUCAGGAGAAUACAAUUGUUGAUCAUACAGUGACGUUAACAGACAUGUAAAGGGUUAAUGUACUAUUCACACAGCAAACCACUUUAACAUUUAUUCCAGAGAAAAUGCGUUUUGUUUGCUUUUUAACUGAUGUAAAGGCCAUUUUUCACUGUUAACACUAUAAACCUGUCUACAAUUGGUUUUAAAUGAAAGAGAAACUUUGGCUCAGUACACUGCUAAUGAAAUGUUUUAAUUAAGAGGAAAAUGUAUUUAUAAGACCAUUGUAGCCAACAGACUAGCACAUUUACAAGUCUACAAACACAUUUGUUGUCACAUUUCCAGUGAACAGAUCACACAUUCUGCUGAUUCAAUUAGUCAUUUGCCUUGUAUUGUUGCCCCCCUGCCAAGCAGCCUAGUCUUUUUCUAAUUGCUGUCUGAUUAGAUUUGACACUCUCACCUCAGAGGACAUCAAAGUGGACAUUCAUUUAGAAAGCAAACUGCAGUGAUCCCAGAUGCAGUGUUUUGUAGACUUACCGUUAUUGGGGGCAGCAUUAAGAGGUGAGAGUAGUUCUGCAUAUCUCAAGGAUACUACAUACUAAAGCAGCUCUGGAUCACUGGGUGCCUGGGAGGGACAGCCUCACUGUCUCAUAUUUUCUUCAUGGGUAAGUAGGGUAGCCUGGACAGUAGGGGGGCUGCUGGGGGAGUGCCAGUACAAUAUGGGGUGUGUAUGUCAUGCCAGGGUGACAGGCAGCCUGGCAAGGAGUCCAAGUUGAAUUGCACACACAGUGAGUACUGCCCAGGCAUUCAAGUGUGGGUUAUAAUGUCUUGGAUUUCUUACAUAUUGUUUUCUGACACUGGACAGAAGAGAAAACACUCAGGGAUGGCGUCUCGGGUACCACAUUCAGGACUGCCCCUGAAACUUAGGGACUGUUAGCAAGUAUUAGGUAGCUCUCAUCUGUCACUCUGCAGUUGGAGCGGUAUACUUCAUAUCCCAUAGCUCCCUCCUCUAUGUCACCCAGCAAUCCUGCAAUGUUAGGGGUACAUUCACUGUCCCAUAGCUCCCUCCUCUAUGUCACCCAGCAAUGUUAGUAGUACACUCCAUGUCCCAUAGCUUCCUUCUCUGAGUCACCCUGCAGCUGGAGGGGCAGACACGAUGCCCCAUAGCUCCCUCCUCUAUGUCACCCUGCAAUGUGAGGGGUACACUCCAUGUCCCAUAGCUCCCUUCUCUAUGUCACUCUGCAGCUGGAGGGGCAGACUCAAUGUCCCAUAGCUCCCUUCUCUGUGUCACCCUGCAGCUGGAGGGGCAAACAUGAUGUCCCAUAGCUUUCUCCUCUAUGUCACCCCGCAAUGUGAGGGGUACACGCCAUGCCCCAUAGCUCCCUUCUCUAUGUCACUCUGCAGCUGGAGAGGCAGACACGAUGUCCCAUAGCUCCCUUCUCUAUGUCACUCUGCAGCUGGAGGGGCAAACACGAUGUCCCAUAGCUUUCUCCUCUAUGUCACCCUGCAAUGUGAGGGGUACACACCAUGCCCCAUAGCUCCCUUCUCUAUGUCACUCUGCAGCUGGAGAGGCAGACACGAUGUCCCAUAGCUCCCUUCUCUAUGUCACUCUUCAGCUGGAGGGGCAGACUCCAUGUCCCAUAGCUCCCUUCUCUGUCACCCUGCAGCUGGAGAGGCAGACAUCAUGUCCCAUAGCUCCAUUUUCUGUGUCACCCUGCAGCUGGAGGGGCAGACAUCAUGUCCCAUGGCUCCCUCCUCUAUGUCACCCUGCAAUGUGAGGGGUACACACCAUGUCCCAUAGCUUCCUUCUCUGUCACCCUACAUCAUGUCCUAUAGCUUCCUUCUCUGUCACCCUACAGCUGGGGGCUACACUCCAUGUCCCAUAGCUCCCUUCUCUGUGUCACCUUGCAGCUGGAGGGGCAGACACCAUGUCCCAGGGCUCCCUUCUCUAUGUCAACCUGCAAUGUGAAGGGGAAAACGCCAUGUCCCAUGGCUCCCUCCUCUAUGUCACCCUGCAAUGUGAGGGGUACAUGCUAUGUCCCAUAGCUCCCUCCUCUAUGUCUCUUUGCAGAUGGAGGGGCAGACACCAUGUCCCUCAACUCACUUCUCUGUGUCAUGAUGAAGGAGAGUAGACUCAAUGUCCCAUAGCUCUAUUAUGUCUGUGUCACACUGUAGUGUGAAGGGCACACUUCAUGUUCCAUAGCUCCAUUAUGUCUGUGUCCCUCUGCAGAUGGAGGCAGAUGGUUGGCUACCUGUUUCAUAAUUCCUUUCUCUCUGUGUUUCCCUGCAGUAAGAUGGUGUUACACUUUCUAUUCUGUUUAGAAUGUACAUUCUUUAAGUAGAAUUACUUGAAUUUGAGAGUGUUUACAUCUCUAUCGCCAUCCACAAGGACAGCUACAGAUUACAGCUGCUGAGCACCCAAUUCCUGAGGGGCACAGAGAGCCAUGGGGAACAUCCUUACAUCAUCUAACCUAGCUUCACUGAAUCUUCACACAGUGAUAAUAUCACGGUUACUAAAUGGAACUUACAAUCUGCCGCUAAACAAUUCAAGCUCCUUGAAUAGUGUUACCCAUUACAUUAAUAGAUUGUAAGCUCUUCGGCACAGGACGUUUCCGUGUGUAGCUUAGACCUCCCCACAGAAAGGGACACAAUAACACAGUUAUAGAUAGAAGACCCUAGGCCUCAAAGAUAGACCGUGGUUACUCAACCUCCGGAACGCCAGAUGUUUUGAACUACGUAUCUUAUAAUGCUCUUACAGCCGUAAUGCUGGCAAAGCAUCAGGGGAGAUGUAGUCCACAACAUCUGGAGUGCCGAAGGUUGCCUACCCCUGAGAUAGACAAUACCUGUGCUAAUGGUAUAAAAUUUAGCUAUCUGUAACCCAAGUAGGCUUGUUUAGACUGAAUUAGCUUUGGGAUUUUGUAACCAGUAAUUAUCUGGUAUUCAAACGGACUGUUCUGAAGUGGAGAUUACAGCAGACAAAUCACUUUAUCGAUUAUCGAUGUGCCCUGCUCUCGAGUAACAACACGUCUGGGAAGGGUGAUAUUUUUUAGCCCUUUGCUCUGGAUACAUAAUACAGUUCAAUAUCUGCAGGUAGCGUAUUUGUUUGCACAAGGUAUUCUUUGGCUUUAUUUCUAGUGGGCCUGGCUGUCUGAUUGCUGGAAGGCACAGCUGCGGUAUUUGCACGUGUUAUGUGUUUACGUGCAUAGAUUGUGUAAGGUUUUCAAUCACCUCCCUUCACAGCGUAAACAACCUAUUUGUGAAGUUCAAGACAAACCAGGUGAAAGUUGGAGAGCACCAGCAGCAGUGUUUACAGUCACAGAAACCCAUAUUUUUGGGGGGCAUAGUAAAGGCCACAGGGAUAUACUCACAUUAGUUAUCAGAUCAUAACUCAGCCAUCAUAUGACAAAAAUCUCUUUCUUCACAUUACUAGUCUGUACGCUUCCUGGCCCAAUGUCCCUCUUUAUACCAACAAGACAGUAAGCUCCCUGGCCCAAAGUCCCUUUUCAUACCAACUAGACUUUAAGCUCAUUGGCAUAGGGUCUCUCUUUAUACCACUAGACUGUAAACUCCAUGACAUAGGGUCUCCCUUUAUACCACUAGACUGUAAGCUCCAUGACAUAGGGUCUCUCUUUAUACCACUAGACUGUAUGCUCCCUGGCAUAUGGUCUCUCUUUAUACCACUAGACUGUAAGCUUAUUGGCAUAGGGUCUCUCUUUAUACCACUAGACUGUAAGCUCAUUGGCAUAGGGUGUCUCUUUAUACCUCUAGACUGUAAGCUCCCUGGCAUAGGGUCUCUCUUUAUACCACUAGACUGUAAACUCCCUGGCAUAGGGUCUCUCUUUAUGCCAAUUAGACUAUAUGCUCCCUGGCAUAUGGUCUCUCUUUAUACCACUAGACUGCAAGCUCCCUGGCAUAUGGUCUCUCUUUAUGCCAAUUAGACUAAGCUUGCUUGGCAGUGUCUAUAACACUGUGUCUAAAACAACUAGAUAAGUUCCCCGAGCCAGUGAUACUCAUUGCGGUUGUGUUCAUACAACCACAAUGAGGCCAAAUUUAGACUGUACUGAACAAGUUCUUCGGCUGUAUUUUGAGUGUUCUAGUGCUGGUGUUGUGGAUAUAUAUCGAUUUGAGGCUGUAUUCUGAGUGUUCUACUGCUGGCGCUGUGGAUAUAUGGAUGUGAGGCUGUAUUCUGAGUGUUCUAGUGCUGGCGCUGUGGAUAUAUGGAUGUGAGGCUGUAUUCUGAGUGUUCUAGUGCUGGCGCUGUGAAUAUAUGGAUGUGAGGCUGUAUUCUGAGUGUUCUAGUGCUGGUGCUGUGGAUAUAAGGAUGUGAGGCUGUAUUCUGAGUGUACUAGUGCUGGUGCUGUGAAUAUAUGGAUGUGAGGCUGUAUUUGGAAAGGGCUGCGGCUGUAUUCUGAGUGUACUAGUGCUGUGGAUAUAUGGAUAUGAGGCUGUAUUUGGAAGGGGCUGCGGCUGUAUUCUGAGUGUUCUAGUGCUGGCGCUGUGGAUAUAUGGAUGUGAGGCUGUAUUCUGAGUGUUCUAGUGCUGGCGCUGUGGAUAUAUGGAUGUGAGGCUGUAUUCUGAGUGUUCUAGUGCUGGCGCUCUGGAUAUAUGGAUGUGAGGCUGUAUUCUGAGUGUUCUACUGCUGGCGCUGUGGAUAUAUGGAUGUGAGGCUGUAUUCUGAGUGUUCUAGUGCUGGCGCUGUGGAUAUAUGGAUGUGAGGCUGUAUUCUGAGUGUUCUAGUGCUGGCGCUGUGGAUAUAUGGAUGUGAGGCUGUAUUCUGAGUGUUCUAGUGCUGGCGCUGUGGAUAUAUGGAUGUGAGGCUGUAUUCUGAGUGUACUAGUGCUGGCGCUGUGGAUAUAUGGAUGUGAGGCUGUAUUCUGAGUGUUCUAGUGCUGGUGUUGUGGAUAUAUGGAUGUGAGGCUGUAUUCUGAGUGUUCUAGUGCUGGCGCUGUGGAUAUAUGGAUGUGAGGCUGUAUUCUGAGUGUUCUAGUGCUGGCGCUGUGGAUAUAUGGAUGUGAGACUGUAUUCUGAGUGUUCUAGUGCUGGCGCUGUGGAUAUAUGGAUGUGAGGCUGUAUUCUGAGUGUUCUAGUGCUGGCGCUGUGGAUAUAUGGAUGUGAGGCUGUAUUUGGAAAGGGCUGCGGCUGUAUUCUGAGUGUACUAGUGCUGUGGAUAUAUGGAUGUGAGGCUGUAUUUGGAAAGGGCUGCGGCUGUAUUCUGAGUGUUCUAGUGCUGGUGCUGUGAAUAUAUGGAUGUGAGGCUGUAUUCUGAGUGUUCUAGUGCUGGCGCUGUGGAUAUAUGGAUGUGAGGCUGUAUUCUGAGUGUUCUAGUGCUGGCGCUGUGAAUAUAUGGAUGUGAGGCUGUAUUCUGAGUGUUCUAGUGCUGGCGCUGUGGAUAUAUGGAUGUGAGGCUGUAUUCUGAGUGUACUAGUGCUGGCGCUGUGGAUAUAUGGAUGUGAGGCUGUAUUCUGAGUGUACUAGUGCUGGAGCUGUGGAUAUAUGGAUGUGAGGAGGCUGUAUUCUGUUCUAGUGCUGGCGCUGUGGAUAUAUGGAUGUGAGGCUGUAUUCUGAGUGUUCUAGUGCUGGCGCUGUGGAUAUAUGGAUGUGAGCUGUAUUCUGAGUGUUCUAGUGCUGCUGAGGAUGUGAGGCUGUAUUUGGAAGGGGCUACUGUAUUCUGAGGUACUAGUGCUGUGGAUAUAUGGAUGUGAGGCUGUAUUUGGAAGGCUGCGACUGUAUCUGAGUGUUCUGGUGCUGGCUGUGGAUAUAUGGAUGUGAGGCUGUAUUCUGAGUGUUCUAGUGCUGGCGUGGAUAUAUGGAUGUGAGGCUGUAUUCUGAGUGUUCUAGUGCUGGCGCUGUGGAUAUAUGGAUGUGAGGCUGUAUUCUGAGUGUUCUAGUGCUGGCGCUCUGGAUAUAUGGAUGUGAGGCUGUAUUCUGAGUGUUCUACUGCUGGCGCUGUGGAUAUAUGGAUGUGAGGCUGUAUUCUGAGUGUUCUAGUGCUGGCGCUGUGGAUAUAUGGAUGUGAGGCUGUAUUCUGACUGUACUAGUGCUGGCGCUGUGGAUAUAUGGAUGUGAGGCUGUAUUCUGACUGUACUAGUGCUGGUGCUGUGGAUAUAUGGAUGUGAGGCUGUAUUCUGAGUGUUCUAGUGCUGGCGCUGUGGAUAUUUGGAUGUGAGGCUGUAUUUGGAAAGGGCUGCGGCUGUAUUCUGAGUGUACUAGUGCUGGUGCUGUGAAUAUAUGGAUGUGAGGCUGUAUUCUGAGUGUACUAGUGCUGGUGCUGUGAAUAUAUGGAUGUGAGGCUGUAUUCUGAGUGUUCUAGUGCUCGCGCUGUGGAUAUAUGGAUGUGAGGCUGUAUUCUGAGUGUUCUAGUGCUGGCGCUGUGGAUAUAUGGAUGUGAGGCUGUAUUCUGAGUGUACUAGUGCUGGUGCUGUGAAUAUAUGGAUGUGAGGCUGUAUUCUGAGUGUUCUAGAGCUGGUGCUGUGGAUAUAUGGAUGUGAGGCUGUAUUCUGAGUGUUCUAGUGCUGGUGCUGUGGAUAUAUGGAUGUGAGGCUGUAUUCUGAGUGUUCUAGUGCUGGUGUUGUGGAUAUAUGGAUGUGAGGCUGUAUUCUGAGUGUUCUAGUGCUGGCGCUGUGGAUAUAAGGAUGUGAGGCUGUAUUCUGAGUGUUCUAAUGCUGGCGCUGUGGAGGCUGUAUUCUGAGUGUUCUAAUGCUGGCGCUGUGGAUAUAUGGAUGUGAGGCUGUAUUUGGAAAGGGCUGCGGCUGUAUUCUGAGUGUACUAGUGCUGGUGCUGUGAAUAUAUGGAUGUGAGGCUGUAUUCUGAGUGUUCUAGAGCUGGUGCUGUGGAUAUAUGGAUGUGAGGCUGUAUUCUGAGUGUUCUAGUGCUGGCGCUGUGGAUAUAUGGAUGUGAGGCUGUAUUCUGAGUGUUCUAGUGCUGGCGCUGUGGAUAUAUGGAUGUGAGGCUGUAUUCUGAGUGUACUAGUGCUGGUGCUGUGAAUAUAUGGAUGUGAGGCUGUAUUCUGAGUGUUCUAGUGCUGGCGCUGUGGAUAUAUGGAUGUGAGGCUGUAUUCUGAGUGUUCUAGUGCUGGCGUUGUGGAUAUAUGGAUGUGAGGCUGUAUUCUGAGUGUUCUAGUGCUGGCGCUGUGGAUAUAUGGAUGUGAGGCUGUAUUCUGAGUGUUCUAGUGCUGGCGCUGUGAAUAUAUGGAUGUGAGGCUGUAUUUGGAAAGGGCUGCGGCUGUAUUCUGAGUGUACUAGUGCUGUGGAUAUAUGGAUGUGAGGCUGUAUUUGGAAGGGGCUGCGGCUGUAUUCUGAGUGUUCUAGUGCUGGUGCUGUGAAUAUAUGGAUGUGAGGCUGUAUUCUGAGUGUUCUAGUGCUGGCGCUGUGGAUAUAUGGAUGUGAAGCUGUAUUUGGAAAGGGCUGCGGCUGUAUUCUGAGUGUACUAGUGCUGGUGCUGUGGAUAUAUGGAUGUGAGGCUGUAUUCUGAGUGUUCUAGUGCUGGCACUGUGGAUAUAUGGAUGUGAGGUUGUAUUUGGAAAGGGCUGCGGCUGUAUUCUGAGUGUUCUAGUGCUGGUGCUGUGAAUAUAUGGAUGUGAGGCUGUAUUCUGAGUGUUCUAGUGCUGUGGAUAUAUGGAUGUGAGGUUGUAUUUGGAAGGGGCUGCCGCUGUAUUCUGACUGUACUUGUGUUUAUGUUGGAGCAAUUCUCGAUUUGUUGCCACAGCUGUAGCCAGUCUAGGCUUGAGCCGGUGUUGCGGCUCUACUCAGACUAUACUCAAGAUAGUGUUGCGUUCCUAUUGAGACUGUACUCCUGUUGGUGACGGGCUGAAUCGUGACAGUACUCCGGACUUGUGACUAUUUAUACUGUACCGUGUUGAUUGUGUGACUGUACCAAGACUGUACUGGUGUUAGCACUGCGGCUGUACUGAGAUGGCACUCAAGUUGGUGUUGCGCUUGUAUAAAGACUGUACUCAGCAAGCUACUUCAUGAGCUUCCAUGACUAGAUCUCAUGAGCAGGAGAACUUUGUAUUUGGCUGUGUAUAUCGUACUGUUUAAUUUCCCCCAAUUGUACAUCACUGCGGAAUAUGCUGGCACUAAAUGCUAGUAAUAUAAUAUAUAAACUGUUGCGGCUGUAUUCAGUUUAUAUUGUGGACGGUGUUGUAGCUGUAUUCAGUUUAUAUUGAGGACGUUAUUGGCGCUGUAUUCAAUUUAUAUUGAGGACGGUGUUGUGGCUGUAUUCAGUUUAUAUUUCGGACGGUGUUGUGGCUGUAUUCAGUUUAUAUUGUGGACGGUGUUGCGGCUGUAUUCGGUUUAUAUUGUGGACGGUGUUGUGGCUGUAUUCAGUUUAUAUUGCGGACGGUGUUGUGGCUGUAUUCAGUUUAUAUUGCGGACGGUGUUGUGGCUGUAUUCAGUUUAUAUUGUGGAAGGUGUUGUGGCUGUACUCAGUUUAUAUUGUGGACGCUGUUGUGGCUGUAUUCAGUUUAUAUUGUGGAUGGUGUUGUGGCUGUAUUCAGUUUAUAUUGUGGACGGUGUUGUGGCUGUAUUCAGUUUAUAUUGUGGACGGUGUUGUGGCUGUAUUCAGUUUAUAUUGCGGACGCUGUUGUGGCUGUAUUCAGUUUAUAUUGUGGACGGUGUUGUGGCUGUAUUCAGUUUAUAUUGUGGACGGUGUUGUGGCUGUAUUCAGUUUAUAUUGUGGAAGGUGUUGUGGCUGUACUCAGUUUAUAUUGUGGACGCUGUUGUGGCUGUAUUAAGUUUAUAUUGUGGACGCUGUUGUGGCUGUAUUCAGUUUAUAUUGCGGACGGUGUUGUGGCUGUAUUCAGUUUAUAUUGUGGACGGUGUUGUGGCUGUAUUCAGUUUAUAUUGCGGACGCUGUUGUGGCUGUAUUCAGUUUAUAUUGUGGACGCUGUUGUGGCUGUAUUCAGUUUAUAUUGCGGACGGUGUUGUGGCUGUAUUCAGUUUAUAUUUCGGACGGUGUUGUGGCUGUAUUCAGUUUAUAUUGCGGACGGUGUUGUGGCUGUAUUCAGUUUAUAUUGUGGACGGUGUUGUGGCUGUAUUCAGUUUAUAUUGGGACGGUGUUGUGGCUGUAUUCAGUUUAUAUUGGGACGGUGUUGUGGCUGUAUUCAGUUUAUAUUGCGGACGCUGUUGUGGCUGUAUUCAGUUUAUAUUGCGGACGUGUUGUGGCUGUAUUCAGUUUAUAUUGCGGACGGUGUUGUGGCUGUAUUCAGUUUAUAUUGUGGACGGUGUUGUGGCUGUAUUCAGUUUAUAUUGUGGACGGUGUUGUGGCUGUAUUCAGUUUAUAUUGUGGACGGUGUUGUGGCUGUAUUCAGUUUAUAUUGUGGAUGGUGUUGUGGCUGUAUUCAGUUUAUAUUGUGGACGGUGUUGUGGCUGUAUUCAGUUUAUAUUGUGGACGGUGUUGUGGCUGUAUUCAGUUUAUAUUGUGGAUGGUGUUGUGGCUGUAUUCAGUUUAUAUUGUGGACGGUGUUGUGGCUGUAUUCAGUUUAUAUUGUGGACGGUGUUGUGGCUGUAUUCAGUUUAUAUUGCGGACGCUGUUGUGGCUGUAUUCAGUUUAUAUUGAGGACGCUGUUGUGGCUGUAUUCAGUUUAUAUUGCGGACGGUUUUGUGGCUGUAUUCAGUUUAUAUUUCGGACGGUGUUGUGGCUGUAUUCAGUUUAUAUUGCGGACGGUGUUGUGGCUGUAUUCAGCUUAUAUUGUGGACGGUGUUGUGGCUGUAUUCAGUUUAUAUUGUGGACGCUGUUGUGGCUGUAAUCAGUUUAUAUUGUGGACGGUGUUGUGGCUGUAUUCAGUUUAUAUUGUGGACGGUGUUGUGGCUGUAUUCAGUUUAUAUUGUGGACGGUGUUGUGGCUGUAUUCAGUUUAUAUUGCGGACGGUGUUGUGGCUGUAUUCAGUUUAUAUUGUGGACGGUGUUGUGGCUGUAUUCAGUUUAUAUUGUGGACGCUGUUGUAGCUGUAAUCAGUUUAUAUUGUGGACGGUGUUGUGGCUGUAUUCAGUUUAUAUUGCGGACGCUGUAGUGGCUGUAUUCAGUUUAUAUUGCGGACGGUGUUGUGGCUGUAUUCAGUUUAUAUUGCGGACGGUGUUGUGGCUGUAUUCAGUUUAUAUUGCGGACGGUGUUGUGGCUGUAUUCAGUUUAUAUUGCGGACGGUGUUGUGGCUGUAUUCAGUUUAUAUUGGGACGGUGUUGUGGCUGUAUUCAGUUUAUAUUGUGGACGGUGUUGUGGCUGUAUUCAGUUUAUAUUGUGGACGGUGUUGUGGCUGUAUUCAGUUUAUAUUGUGGACGGUGUUGUGGCUGUAUUCAGUUUAUAUUGUGGAUGGUGUUGUGGCUGUAUUCAGUUUAUAUUGUGGACGGUGUUGUGGCUGUAUUCAGUUUAUAUUGUGGACGGUGUUGUGGCUGUAUUCAGUUUAUAUUGUGGAUGGUGUUGUGGCUGUAUUCAGUUUAUAUUGUGGACGGUGUUGUGGCUGUAUUCAGUUUAUAUUGUGGACGGUGUUGUGGCUGUAUUCAGUUUAUAUUGUGGACGGUGUUGUGGCUGUAAUCAGUUUAUAUUGUGGACGGUUUUGUGGUUGUAUUCAGUUUAUAUUGUGGACGUUAUGAGGCUGUAUUCAGUUUAUAUUGCGGACGGUGUUGUGGCUGUAAUCAGUUUAUAUUGUGGACGGUUUUGUGGUUGUAUUCAGUUUAUAUUGUGGACGUUAUGAGGCUGUAUUCAGUUUAUAUUGCGGACGGUGUUGUGGCUGUAUUCAGUUUAUAUUGCGGACGCUGUUGUGGACGGUGUUGUGGCUGUAUUCAGUUUAUAUUGUGGACGCUGUUGUGGCUGUAAUCAGUUUAUAUUGUGGACGGUGUUGUGGCUGUAUUCAGUUUAUAUUGUGGACGGUGUUGUGGCUGUAUUCAGUUUAUAUUGUGGACGGUGUUGUGGCUGUAUUCAGUUUAUAUUGUGGACGGUGUUGUGGCUAUAUUCAGACUGUAUUCAGCACGGCAUUGUGGUUGUAUUCUAUUAGCCAAGUUACUUAAGCUUUAUAUUUUUUACAGCAGAAACACUUAGUUUUACAAGCACAGGACAGCUUUUUGCUGAGAGGCCCAGCUCUUAGGCUAGUUUUUACAGGAGGACUGGAACCGCUCAGUUGAUUUUGGUCCCUUACAACCAAUGUGAUUUGGAAUACGUUCUAGGGAGGACAUUUUACAGGUAACCCUGGGAUAAGCAACCAUUUGUGACUGGCGUAUUGGGUUGCAGAAUACAGAGUAAGAGCGAAAAGCUAUGAGACUCACAGAGUUUUGGGUUUCAAGAGAAAGGCUAUUUAACUGAAACCAGAGCAUGUCCCCACGGCCCAGAGCAGGGCAGCUUUCCCCAAAUCAAUAGAUUAGCUCAUGAAAUAAAAGUGAGAUUUCAGCGUUUAGGAGAGAACUGCUGAGUGAGGGGAGAUGAGAAACACGAGGCGGGGACAGGGGGUAAACCCCCAAGCCAGCUCUCUGGUGGUGGGUAACAUGAGAAAAGCAUCACAAACACAUUUCACAUACAUAAUCUAAUACAUGAUUUACCAGAGCCAUAAGAAGGGGCUACAGUGGGACAUGGUGAGCCACAAGACAUUCCAAAGAUGGAACACAGGGCGUUAUACUGAGAGACAAGAGACAGAGAAUCGAACAGAGGGACAAAAUUCAGAGAGCGUUACAUAGAGCACAGUGAGAAUACAGAAACAGACAGAAAACACAGGCCUAGGGCACAUGGAGAUCAAAUCAAGACCCAUUGAUUCAUUUCCCUGCACUCGGUGGUUAUAAGCCUAAGGUGGAUUCGUAUUAUCAUCACCGGACCCCUCUUUUGAAUUAACUCUGUGCAGCUGGAAUGAGUCCAGUAAAUGUUUUUCUUGUUGUUUGCAUUACUUUUGGAGAGGGGGUUUGAUAUGUUAUUUACUCUGAAGGAAUUCAAAUAACAGCGCCUACGUCACCGAUACAUUGGUAUGUCACGCCGCCGGUUCAGCGCAUUUACACAUCACGCAAACUCUGGUUAUUCUGGCUGUUUUGUUAUUUCUAACUUUCUACAAAUAACAAAAUUUCGCCUCCGAGGGGAAGGGAAAGGUCAGACUGACAGGGCUGGUUUACAAGAGAUAGCUAGCUAAAUAUUAUGAAGGAAUUGAAUAGGUUAGAUGGCUAUUUUAUUGACCAACACCAUGACGGCUUACAUUUCUCAAGAUGAUGUCAACUGACUACAAUUCCCAUGAUGCUGCAACAGCAAAAUGGUUACAAUACUGAGCAGGGUCCUCUUCAACCUAUUGUUCCUGUAAGUUUAUUUGUAAUUGUCCUAUUUAUAGUUAAAUCCCCUUUCAUAAUAUUGUAAAGUGCUACGGAAUCUGUUGGCGCUAUAUAAAUGGCAAUAAUAAUAAUAAUAUGGGAAUUUCAACCAUAAUUACUGGAAAAUCACACGUUUCGUUAAAAUAGUGUGCAAGCACUGGGGAUAGAUACCAACAAGAGAAUAAAACACAACAUGGCUUUAUCAUACAGCCUCAAUGCUUAGAAACGUCAGUGGCGUCCCAGUCUUCAGGUUUGGCUGAGGCACGGCAUGAGUUAACCAGACAACAAUCUCUUCUUUGCACUACACGAAAAUACCAGCUUGGUGGAAGCCUGCCAGCACCUUUCAUCAGCAGAACAACAGACACUGAAUAAACACACACCGCUCAAAGCUUUGCAGGCCUGGCAAGAAAGCUGGUUUUAGUGCAAGCUCUGCAGGUCAUGCAAGAAUGAGCAGACAGGAGUGAUGGCAUAAGUACAAGCUUGGCAGGACAGGGUAGAGUGGGAGAAAGAGUGCAAGCUCUGCAGGUUAGGAUGGCAAAACUGCUGGUGUAUAAGUGGAGCACACAAGAAAGUUAUAAUGGUUAAAAAAACCUCAGCAGGCCAGCCAGGAGAAAUAAUUAGAGUGCAUGCUCUAAAACCCAUGCAUGUUACAGCAUUGGCAUGCAAGGUAUGCAGCACAAGCAGGAGAAAUUAUUUGAGUGUAAGCUCUGCAGACAAUAGGUAAAUAGGAAUAGACUGUAGGCUUCCGAGGCUUAAUAGUUAGAGGCCAAGCUCUUCAGACUAGGCAGGUAAAAUGUUUUGACUGAAAGCUCUGCAGAUCAGGCAAAUGAAUAGUUCAGACUGCAAGCUCUGUGGAUCAUGAAUGGGUGAUCAUAUGAGAUCAAGCUCCACAGACAAGAAAGGUGAAAGGUUCCGAGUGCAAAGUUCAAAGACAAGAUGGGAGCAAUCAUUAGAUUGCAAGCUCUGAAGACCAGGAAUGGUAAAGUCUCAGAGUACAAGCUCUGCAGUCAAGAGUGAUCGCUAGAGUGCAAGCUCUGCAGACCAUGGAAGGUAAAGACUUCUAAGUGCAAGCUCUGCAAACCAGACAAGAGAACGUUUUAGAGUGUCAGUUCUGAAGGUCAAAAAAGCAUUAGAAUGCAAAUUCAGAAGGCAAGAAAGGGUUAAGAGCAAACAAUGUAGAGAAGAGAUGUGAAAAGGUCAGGGUAGAAGCACUGCAUUUCAGACUGAUUAUACCUGUGUGUUAGCAUGCCAAGGAGUUCAUUAUAAGGGUUAGGAUGCAAGCACUGCAGGUGAGAUAUAUAUUCUCCUGUAGAGCAACAGAUAUAUGUUCACAAGCAGAUAUCACAUGGUAAACAAACAAUAAACACACAGGAAGACUGUCCAUCCCAAAAUCCCUUUACACAAUGCUCCUAUCUUGUCAUCUCAACACCCCACUGAGACACACAGACUGCAGGAGCAGGCUAUACCCAGCCUUAUCUCAAUGAUCCCAUCAGCUCCUGGAACUUGGAAUGGCUGAGCACAUUCCAGUAAUUACACUGAGUACAGUCCCAGCACAGCAAUAACCACCCAAUCCCUCUCCUGUCUCACUCUGUAUAAUUUAGAACAUCCAGAGUCACCCCAUAGCCCAAUAUAUGGUCUAAUAGUCAGUGACCUCCACAUCUUGUCUGGUAUCCCCAGUCACCCACCUCUGUGGCGUGAAUACCCAAUUACCCCAAACUGUAUCCAGAUCACACCUUCAUCCAUGCCCUAGUUUCCCCGACCUACAUACUUUCAGCACCCAUAUCGCAACCCUGAAUUCCUGUGCUCCAUGAUAGAUGAUUAACACAGGGAUUGCCGAAACAACACAGGGUAUUAUUAGAUCAAUUAUGUAAGUCCUCAUUCAAUUACAUGAUGUCUGAUUUAGCUUCAUUGUAAUGAAAGGGGAAGUGCAUUGUCCUUUUUUCAUUGAUUAAUGCUUAGCACACUAAUUAAUUCCCUGUAAAUAAAGUGCAGACCCACCGACUGAUAGGGUGGUCCUCUUAUAAUGACCUUCAAGCUAACUUAGUUGGAUGUGAAUCACUACAGUAGCACAUUAGACUAUAUAAUGGCAGACAUAAAGUCAAAGCCAUGGCUAGCAGAUAUGGAAAGGCAAAGAAAGAAUCGAACAAAAUAACUUGUAAUAAAUUAUAUUGAAUUAGAGCAGCCAAUAGGACAAAUGUUUUCUACACAUAAACGAGGCACAUGGUUUGGACAUUAUUACAAUGUCCACAGAGAAGAGAGAGAACAGGAACCUCCUUUUUUUUUUAUAUGGCUUAACCAAACUCCACUCUUGUAUCUAAUUAUGGGCUGCAUUCACGGGAAGUCCCCCAAGUUAACCAAACUCCAUUUGUGCAAUAGAUCCAAAAGUCUAACUGUGGGGAGUUAAUUAAUGAAAUUAUAGUCCAUUUAUGUAUAGGAUUCUCUGGUAUUCAGGUGGAGCUCUUCAAUCUAAUCUUAAUUGUGCAAAGCUUUCUGAGUCACACAAAUUCCAUCUGUGUGAUGGAUACUGGGGUUCCCAGGAGCGGAUACUGAGGUUCAUUUGCAAGGAGCUCAAAUUCCAUCUGUGUGAUGGAUACUGGGGUUCCCAGGAGCUGAUACUGAGGUUCAUUUGCAAGGAGCUUAAAUUCCAUCUGUGUGUGUUUGAUACCAUUUCCCUGCGUCAACCAACAUUCAGCCCUUGAUUCGGGAUCUCACCUGCGUAACGAUCCCCCGCCUGUGAGACAAAUAUUGGGUACAUGUGUAAUUGGUGUUAUACGUGCUAGCUCCCCAAGGUCACCGAUCUCCAGAUGUGGUCUCCUGGGUACACGAGGGAAACAGGAUAGUGGAGAAAUAGAAAUAAAUAAUCAGGGUGAUGUCAUUCAGUUCAAUCACGAAGACAGUGGGCGAUCACGUAUCAUUAGCUAAUGUUGCAGAUCUAGAUUUUAUCACCAGCUCACCUACUCUCUGUAAUUAGUGUGUGUAGGAAUACAGGCUCUGCAUUAAACUGGGAGCUCUUUAUAAUCUGUCUGCAUUGUUAUGCAUUUGUCCAGGGAGCUAUUAAUGGGACACACUUCAGUAGAGUGAUCCUUGACAGUUUGGGUCUUUAUUGAAUUAAUAGCAUCAUUUAUUUGGAUCAACUCCCGAGGACAAAAACACAUAAAUCAUGGCAUAUAAAAGGGGACCCCCUCUAAAACAAGAAAUAGAAGUCCCCCCAAGCUUCCAAAUGUCUAAAUAUUAAUCCAACUACUUCGUACUCCCACAAACCCAUACUCUUUUAGAAUGUUGGUAUAAAACAGAUACAUCUUUAUCAGAGAGCACCUUUGGAGGACUUGGCCAUUCAGGGUGGGGGUCCAACAUCAGACUGUCUCCUAAAGCAAUAACAUUACAAUCAGACACAGUCCAUAAACACCACAAAGGAGACAGCACUCAGGCAGCUGCAGGGAAGGGGCUGUCACACCCUCAUUAAUAUGUAAGAAGCAGGAGGGAGGAGACUGUCAUACAAGAGGGAAAAGCCCACAUCUCACUGCAAACACACAGUUGUGAACAGAGUCUAACCAUGGAGCUGUAUGGAUUGUUUGUGCUGGGUAUCUGGAUCUUGGUGGUAUCUGCAGACAGACAUACCGUUUUCUGGAACAGUACGAACAGCAGGUAAGUGGCUUAUCUGCAAGAGAGGAACUUUAUUACACUGUAACCGCAGGUUUAAAGGCUGGUGGAAAAUCUGUAUGGACUAGACUACGACAAGUGAGCACGUACUUCAGGAUAAGUUGGGAAUGAGACAAACCUGCCUAAAUCUGGGGGUGUCAUAGGAUAAAGGGGUAAUUGAGCAAGCCCUAAAAGCACUGGGGUCAAUAUAUAUAUAUAUACAGGGAAAUACUACAAUAUGGGAGAGUGCAGGCGCAGAUAAAAUAUUAAAGGGCAAUGGGUGAUGAACACAGAACUAGAAUACAGAGGGGACAGCAGUUAAAGAAUGGAUUAAUAAGGGCAUUCUUGUACUUUCUGAUACGGCUAAAAUAAUCUAGCAAUACUACAGUGUUGGGGUAUGUGCUGGAGUAUAGAAUAUUAUUUUUUAUGAAAUGAGACAUGUGUUACAUAAUUUGUAUAGAGGCGAUACAGUGCUAGCAUACGGUUAUGAGUGUCGGAUAUGGAGUUUGCUAUAUGGACUAUGUGAUACAAGAUAUCUGCAUGGGGUACGUGUUAUACGGUGAGGACUGAGUUCUCCAUCAGAUGCCUGUGACCAGGGUAAAGGGUUAAGCAAGCGCUUGUUUACUUUAAGGUGUUUAAGGUACUUGGUGGAAAGCUGUUAAUGGUAGGUUGGUGCUGGAGGGAUUGUAUUAACCUGUUACUUGUGGCAUCUAGUUGAGAAACCCAGCUGUAGAGAUCACAGUGUGUGCUGGAUAUGUUGGUUUGUGAUAAUAACUUUCACACACAUUUGAUACAGUGUUGAAUGUGUGACAGAUACACUGUGUACAUUCUGGAAAUGGAUUUACCUACAAACCUAUAACAUGGAACUGCAAGAGCUAUGCACAGGUUUUCUGCCCUGCAGGGUGAGGGGCUACACAUAGCUAGGUGAAGUGUUCUCCAGAGUGAGGGGCUGUGCACAGCUGGGUGAAGAUUUUUGCUCUGCAGGGUGAAUGGGUAAAAAGCUCUGCCCUGCAGCAUGGAGGACUAUGCACAGCUGGGGGCAAAUCUAAUAGCUGAGGGGUUAUGUGUUGCAUAGUGCAAUUCUAUGCUUUGAAGGGUGAGGGACUCACACUGCACACUGUGAGGGGCUUUGCACAUCAGAAAGAGAGGCUAUGUGCCAUCAAGUCAGGAAUGUUGGGCUUUUCUAAAGAACUUCACUGGAAAGCAGAAUUGCUAUAUUGAGAGCGGCACAGCAUAUGGAGUUGUAUGUUAACAGUGGAAGCUAUGAACUUUGUGAUUUAUAUUCGCUAUAUGUACUAAGUCUAGUGCUCACAGUACAGUACAGUGUUGAUCAUGUGAGUCCCUCUCCUGUUAGUGUGGGCAAUAUGAGUGACUCCCCUGCAAGUGUUGACUAUGUGAGUGCCUCUCCUGUGAGUGUGGGCAGUGUAAAUGCAUCUCCUGUGAGUGCCUCUCUGUGAGUGUGGGCAGUGUGAGUGCCUCUCUGGUGAGUGUGGGUAGUGUGAGUGCCUCUCUGGUGAGUGUGGGUAGUGUGAGUGCCUCUCUGGUGAGUGUGGGCAGUGUGAGUGCCUCUCUUGUGAGUGUGGGCAGUGUGAGUGCCUCUCUGUGAGUGUGGGCAGUGUGAGUGCCUCUCUGUGAGUGUGGGCAGUGUGAGUGCCUCUCUGUGAGUGUGGGCAGUGUGAGUGCCUCUCUGUGAGUGUGUGCGUUGUGAGUGCCUCUCUUGUGAGUGUGGGCAUUGUGAGUGCCUCUCUUGUGAGUGUGGGCAGUGUGAGUACCUCUCUUGUGAGUGCCUCUCUUGUGAGUGUGUGCAGUGUGAGUGCGUGCAGUGUGAGUGCCUCUCUGUGAGUGUGGGCAGUGUGAGUGCCUCUCUGUGAGUGUGGGCAGUGUGAGUGCCUCUCUUGUGAGUGUGGGCAUUGUGAGUGCCUCUCUUGUGAGUGUGGGCAGUGUGAGUACCUCUCUUGUGAGUGCCUCUCUUGUGAGUGUGUGCAGUGUGAGUGCCUCUCUGUGAGUGUGGGCAGUGUGAGUACCUCUCUUGUGAGUGUGAGCAGUGUGAGUACCUCUCUUGUGAGUGUGGGCAGUGUGAGUGCCUCUCUGUGAGUGUGUGCGUUGUGAGUGCCUCUCUGUGAGUGUGUGCAGUGUGAGUGCCUCUCUGUGAGUGUGUGCGUUGUGAGUACCUCUCUUGUGAGUGUGUGCAGUGUGAGUGCCUCUCUUGUGAGUGUGUGCAGUGUGAGUGCCUCUCUUGUGAGUGUGUGCAGUGUGAGUGCCUCUCUUGUGAGUGUGUGCAGUGUGAGUGCCUCUCUGUGAGUGUGGGCAGUGUGAGUGCCUCUCUUGUGAGUGUGUGCAGUGUGAGUGCCUCUCUGUGAGUGUGUGCAGUGUGAGUGCCUCUAUGUGAGUGUGGGCAGUGUGAGUGCCUCUCUGUGAGUGUGGGCAGUGUGAGUGCCUCUCUGUGAGUGUGGGCAGUGUGAGUGCCUCUCUGUGAGUGUGGGCAGUGUGAGUGCCUCUUGUGAGUGUGGGCAGUGUGAGUGCCUCUCGUGAGUGUGGGCAGUGUGAGUGCCUCUCUUGUGAGUGUGGGCAGUGUGAGUGCCUCUCUUGUGAGUGCCUCUCUUGUGAGUGUGGGCAGUGUGAGUGCCUCUCUUGUGAGUGUGGGCAGUGUGUUAUGAAUCGUCUUUGAUGUGUGAGUCACACUUGCUUAAUACUUGGCCAGGUAGUGAGUUUUAUUUUACAGGAAGGUCUGAGUCAGGGCUUCAUUCCAGGAGUUUGGGUAGAGAGGAAUGGAAUGGUGAUUUGGGGGUUCAGUAUCUACAGACACACUUAUUCUAUAUUUUAAGGACAGAAAGAGUUAAACUCCUGUAAAAGUCAUGCUGCUGGGUCUGGGGGAGGGGUGGAGGAGAAGGUCUAUUGUCCAGUGAAUUUGUUUUAGGAAAGCUUUGCUAGCCAGCCAGCUGUGGCCUCUGUUUGGGACACACAGAGCCAGAGGGGAGUGACCGGGAGCAAUGGGGGGUCAUUGGGGGAUGGGAUUCAGAUUAAAGUGAACUGAGGAAAGUUGUCUCUUGUAUUAUGGGGUACAUGCACUCUGCAGCCCCUCGUGUGUCACCAUGAGGGUCACUCGCUUUUUGUUCCCAGUGCACAAAUAGGACAUCUGCCUGCUCCAGGCUUUUCAUGAUUUCUAAUAAAACAAUUACCUGCAGCAGGACUCUAUCACACCCUUCACUAAGAUACACCCUGACAUACACAGUGUCUGGGAACAGCAGAGCAGGCUUGUCCCAGUGUGGUUCUUAGUUUGUGUAGUAAGGUGACAGCCUGGCUGGGGUACGUUACACAUGGUUCUAGUUGGUUUGUGUAGUAAGGUGACAGCCUGGCUGGGGUACGUUACACAUGGUUCUAGUUAGUUUCUGUAAUAAGGUAACAGGACUGGCUGGGGUACGUUACACAUGGUUCUAGUUGGUUUGUGCAGUAAGGUGACAGGACUGGCUGGGGUACGUUACACAUGGUUCUAGUUGGUUUGUGUAGUAAGGUGACAGGACUGGCUGGGGUACGUUACACAUGGUUCUAGUUGGUUUGUGUAGUAAGGUGACAGGUCUGGUUGGGGUACACACACAUGGUUCUAGUUGGUUUGUGUAGUAAGGUGACAGGACUGGCUGGGGUACGUUACACAUGGUUCUAGUGGGUUUGUGUAGUAAGGUAACAGGACUGGCUGGGGUACGUUACACAUGGUUCUAGUUGGUUUGUGUAGUAAGGUGACAGGUCUGGUUGGGGUACGUUACACAUGGUUCUAGUUGGUUUGUGUAGUAAGGUGACAGGACUGGCUGGGGUACGUUACACAUGGUUCUAGUGGGUUUGUGUAGUAAGGUGACAGGACUGGCUGGGGUACGUUACACAUGGUUCUAGUUAGUUUGUGUAGUAAGGUGACAGGUCUGGUUGGGGUACGUUACACAUGGUUCUAGUUGGUUUGUGUAGUAAGGUGACAGGACUGGCUGGGGUAUGUUACACAUGGUUCUAGUUGGUUUGUGUAGUAAGGUGACAGGACUGGCUGGGGUAUGUUACACAUGGUUCUAGUUGGUUUGUGUAGUAAGGUAACAGGACUGGCUGGGGUACGUUACACAUGGUUCUAGUUGGUUUGUGUAGUAAGGUGACAGGACUGGCUGGGGUACGUUACACAUGGUUCUAGUUGGUUUGUGUAGUAAGGUGACAGGUCUGGUUGGGGUAUGUUACACAUGGUUCUAGUUGGUUUGUGUAGUAAGGUGACAGGACUUUCUGGGGUAUGUUACACAUGGUUCUAGUUAGUUUCUGUAGUAAGGUGACAGGACUGGCUGGGGUAUGUUACACAUGGUUCUAGUUGGUUUGUGUAGUAAGGUGACAGGACUGGCUGGGGUAUGUUACACAUGGUUCUAGUUGGUUUGUGUAGUAAGGUGACAGGUCUGGCUGGGGUACGUUACACAUGGUUCUGGUUAGCUUCUGUAGUAAGGUAACAGGCCUGGCUGGGGUAUGUUACACAUGGUUCUAGUUGGUUUGUGUAGUAAGGUGACAGGUCGGGCUGGGGUACGUUACACAUGGUUCUAGUUAGUUUCUGUAGUAAGGUGACAGGACUGGCUGGGGUAUGUUACACAUGGUUCUAGUUAGUUUCUGUAGUAAGGUGACAGGACUGGCUGGGGUAUGUUACACAUGGUUCUAGUUGGUUUGUGUAGUAAGGUAACAGGACUGGCUGGGGUAUGUUACACAUGGUUCUAGUUGGUUUGUGUAGUAAGGUGACAGGUCUGGCUGGGGUACGUUAAACAUGGUUCUAGUUGGUUUAUGUAAUAAAGUGACAGGACUGGCUGGGGUACGUUACACAUGGUUCUGGUUAGCUUCUGUAGUAAGGUAACAGGCCUGGCUGGGGUAUGUUACACAUGGUUCUAGUUGGUUUGUGUAGUAAGGUGACAGGUCUGGCUGGGGUACGUUACACAUGGUUCUAGUUGGUUUAUGUAAUAAAGUGACAGGACUGGCUGGGGUAUGUUACAUAUGGUUCUGGUUAGUUUCUGUAGUAAGGUAACAGGCCUGGCUGGGGUAUGUUACACAUGGUUCUAGUUGGUUUGUGUAGUAAGGUGACAGGUCGGGCUGGGGUACGUUACACAUGGUUCUAGUUAGUUUCUGUAAUAAAGUGACAGGACUGGCUGGGGUACGUUACACAUGGUUCUAGUUGGUUUAUGUAAUAAAGUGACAGGACUGGCUGGGGUACGUUACACAUGGUUCUGGUUAGCUUCUGUAGUAAGGUGACAGGACUGGCUGGGGUACGUUACAUUUAUUUACUAAGUGGUAAUUUAAUUCUGUUAGCAUCAGUCCAAAUUGUGUUCACUAGUGGCUUAAUUAAAAACAAAAAUACACUGAUCAAACUAGUUUCUUACUAAUUUCAAGUGGUUAUCAUUGCAACGGCAAAGAAGGUUGGGGGGGGGUUAAAGUAUGGUUGGGGUACUAUUAUUGGGUAGGGGAUGGAGGGAGUAGCUUUAGGGUUGUUUAGGGGCAUAAGGGUUGCGAAUGCAAUUUCUUGGAACUGUAUCUGGAUGGAAAGAAUUAAGGGGAUUAAAGUGCAAUUCGUCUGUUUGUGAACAGCCAUCAAAGUAUUGAUUUAACUAAUUUUAACAACUAAUAGAAGAGCAGCCAAAUUAUAGUGGAAAUUGCCGAAUGGGUUUCACAUAGCAAACAUUCAGUUUCAACGGCGGAGUCUGAACAAGUGGACUCAGUUUAGCAUUUGGUGAAUAGACAUCUUUGUUUCUGGUCAGAGUAGUAAUGUGGCAAGCCUUGCGAAGGUACAAUACGUUUUAUUUCACAAUUCUUGUGAUUCUGAUUAGCAGGGCUAUGUGGCAGCCCUGGCUAGGGUACAUUACACUUUGUUCCUGGUUAGCAUGUGUAGUAAGGACACAGACCUGGCUGGGAUAAGACCAGCCCUAUCUGAGUAGUGAUCCCUGUUUUUUCCGGAGUUGGAGCAGGAAGGCUGCAGAGGAAACCUCUUGACUUGCUUUUCCUUUCUCAGACCUUGCAGGCUUCCUUUCAUAGUGCAGGCAUUUCUUCCCAUGUUCAGUGUGGGCAUCAUGCCAUGACCUGGAAAACCCAUGCUAAACCUAGCACAUAGUCAGAGGUCAAAGGCUAAAGAGCUAACCAUCUAACCAAAGAGCUAACCAUCUAAUACCUACUCUAGGCAUGACAAAGGGAAGAUUAUUAGAUAACUCUGUGCAAGACAGUGAUUGAGAAUCAUUACCCAGGGAAAAAGUUGAAAACAUUCUUCUAACUCUUUCCUUAUCUCAAAGCCUCACAGGCAAAACAACAAGUCCUGCUGCCAAGACACUCUGUCGCUCCACCCCACCCCCUGUUUAACCCCAGAUGUGAUGCAAUCACUUCUCACAAGUACUGGCCCGCAGAGCUUGCAAUCUGUCAUGUGCGCCAUGAAAUCUUCUAGCCGCUACUGUGAGUGAGAACAAAUCUCUCCCUGUGUACAGUAAAUGUUUAAACUUCGCCCAAAUUGCACAUCUAAUUAGCCAGACAAUGCUGCACAAUAUUCCUGACGCUAGAAUAUCAUCACAGGAUUCCGUGCAUAGUGAGCUAGAAUGGUUUUUUUGUUUAGCCAGAAUAAUGUGGUUAGCUGGGAAUGUUAAUCCAUGGUAAACACAGAAGCGCUUCUUGCAUGGAAAACCGUUUGCGAGUGCGAUUUUUGUUUAUCCGUUUGUGUUUUUGGUUUUUUUGUGGUUUGCUCUCCUUAGAGGAGGUGAAGAGUGAUGUCUUUGGCCCAUGUGGGUGUUAUGUGAAGAAUCAGGUGCUGAGAGAGGUCAGGUUACUGGAUGAAGUUACAGAGUUAAUAUUAAAAGUAGAAUUACCUGUUUCAGGGGUUUUACAUGUAAUCCAGUGACAAAUGAAAGAACCAACAAUACCUUGCAUCAGAGCCUUUUAAUGAAUUGUCCUGACCUGUCACUAAACAUUAUUUCUGCUAAGUGUUCAGGGCGAGGGGAUUGUUAGGGCAGGGUACAUAUACAAAGCCAAAGUGAAAAGUCUGUGUACAAUUACAGAUAGAGGCUCACGAUAAACUAUUGUGUACAGUAGCAGAUUAGGCCUGAUGUGACAAGACUGAGCACACUAGGCAAUACAGGAUUGUUAAUGGGAGAAUGUGUACCGCAAAGAUGCCACAAUAAUUAUUCACUUAUAUAUAGUUGGUGCAAAAACCCACUACUCUUAGACGCAGUUGGUGUGGGAGAAUCAGAGUGUUCUUAAAGGGCUCUGUUACUCCCUCGGCGAAAAAUAUUUUGGGAUCUGGCCACAACUGAUGGUUCCUGGGCAGCUAUGUUUGAAGUGAGAGUAACACUAAUUAAAAGUUCACAUAAAGCCUUCACAACCUAACUCAGAUCAAAGGCUCCAGAGGACGCGUUGGGAUUCUCUACCCAAUAUGCCCCAGGCCAGGCUGGAGAAAAUACUCUGCUCGUCGUGUGCUUUGCAUUUUUGUAAUUGGGGUACUGUGUCACUGCAUCUCUAGGACUGCAGAAAGUUGCGCGGAGGAAUCAGCGUUAUUGUGGUUAGAUUGUAGUAAAUGUAAACAUUAUGUAGCAUUGUUGUCACAGGGACGCAGAAUGCCGGAGUCAGACAGUCCUAAUAGACGUAGCACCAAAGAGGGGCAUGUGUGAAAUAAAUUACACCAGACCGCAGUGUUAUCCAGAUGUUACUCAUAAAUACCAAUUUGUGACAGAGGAUCAUUUUCAAACCUUUCAAAUACCGCAACAGAUUGCAUUUGUACACGCAGAUACGAAGCAGAACUAUGCAUCGUGCAGCAUUCUGACCGUGCUAAAGCACAACAAAGCACAAGUAAACCAUAAACAUACAAUUGCUAUGGUCACAAGCCCAUUCCCUCCCAUGUACACUUCCACACACACCAAUGCCAUGAUGCGUAUUGCAAAACUAUUUACAAACAUUUACAAACAGGGACUGGCAUUAAACCUGCUGGAUGUUAUUGUUGCAGCCCUGAGAGUAAUAUGGAGUCUUUCGGCACAAAGAAAUUGUCAUUGUCUGUGUGAUUACGUAUGUAAAUACUGUGUGAAUAGCACGUGUUCAUUGUACUGCUGUAUAUAUUAAAUCAACAUAUUAUUAUUAUUAUAUUAUUUUUAUAGCGCCAGCAAAUUCCGUAGCGCUGUACAAUGGGAUAUAGUAUGUAUGUACGGGUCUGUAUAUAUUUUGCGUACAAAGAAUACAUUUUGUGUAUGUUUUGUGCACAUUGUGUACGUGGUGGUGUUUGAAUUGUACAAGGAUUGUCCCUGUUUGUACUGUGAACAUGGAAUGUUCAUAUACAGUAUGUGGAUUGUGUCUGUAGACGGGGCAAGGGGUGUGUCAAUGCAUAUCACACAUGGUUUGUGACUGGUUUGUGCUAAUAUUGUGUAUGUUGGGUGCCUAAUUUGUGGAUUGUGUCUGCGUGUAUAUUUGGUACUAUUUGUAUUUCGUAACAGUCUAGGUGUCUUGCACUAAUUGCGUUACAGCUGUUAUAUCUCAAGCCAAUGAUAACAAGUGAGGGAGGUGUUGCUUGGCCGAGUGCUUUCUCUUAUUAUAAAGUGGCACUUGUGUUUUUUAAUGGGGACUCAUUAGGAUAAAAUAAAUUUGGAGAACAAAGGCUGCUGUUGAGCUAUGUCCCUCCCUUCAUGUAGAGACAAUGCAAAGGACUGAGAGAAUCUGGGGCUCAGUUAAACAAACAGGCCAGGGAAACAAGCCUAAAAACACAGGUCCUGCCAUUUAUUAACUAGAAGCUACGUGCAGUACACUCCCUCCCCCCUCUGCUGCUUUCACACACCCUAAUGAGCACCCCAGUAACAUACCAAAAACACCAGAAAUUACAGAGUGGGAUACUGUGGGACAUGUUUUUAAGUGGUGGGGGGUGGGUUCUUCUUUAAUUGUGAUUUUGGAGAAGAAAAUAUAAAUCCAAUAGGACAGCUUGGAUCCAUGCCGAAAAAAACUUAUCAACUAGUUUAUUAUUCACUAGAGAAGAGGGCAAAGACCUGAAGUUUUCUUGGCAACGUUCACCUAUAUACUGCGGUAGGGAGAGGGGGAGAAGAGUAAAGUUCUAACAAGAUUACAGGUGGAGAGAUGUUCUGAGAGUGAGUGAGGAGCCUGUUUAUGGCUGUGUUUUUUUUAAACAAAUCCUAGGGGUUCCAAUUUUUUAACUAUACCACAGCUUUUGUGAUUUACAGCGACUACCUAUGAAGUCUGUCCUGGCAGGGCAUGAAGCUAUUACAACCUAGGGGGCACAGUGUGAAACUAUUACAACCCUAGGGGGCACAGUGUGAAACUGUUACAACCCUAGGGGGCACAGUGUGACACUAUUACAGCACAUGGGCACUGUCCUGGCACAAAUUAACACUAUUACACUCCUAUGGGUGACAGUGUGAUACUAUUAAACCUCUAGAGACUCUGUGUGACACUAAUACAGCCCUAUGGGACACAUUGACACUUAUAGCACUAAGGGUCUGUCCUGGCACAGAGUGACAGAAUUACAGCCUUAGUGGGUCUGUCAUAGCAAGUGGGAAAGUAUAAGAGCCCUAAUGAGUCCUGGGAUUAGUGACUGUCCUAUGUUAGAACACACACUAUACUGCGUGCAAACAGUAUAAUUGUAUAAAAUAAAAACUACACAAGCAAGGCAUAAUUCUAUGUAAAAUGCCAGUUAUAUACCCUCUCGAGGGUGGCGUAGCUCUCUGUACCAGUCUGUAAGGAUCUCCAAUUAGCGAGAAUUAAUGUGGAACUGCUGUGCGUGGAUGCACUCAGCCAUAUUAUUCACAUUUCAAAAGCUUUGAUUGCUUUUCCAAAUAAACAACUGAUUCUUUUCUGCUCCAGUUUUGGAGACAAUGGUUGCUGUUUGGUGACAGAAAAUACACCCAAACAGAGGGAGCUGGGACUGCUUUAUGGUUAGCACAGGAGGGGGGGAGGAGGUAUUAUGGCUGAGUGCUUUCGAUUUCAUGCUUGGGUAAUAGGAGACUGUUUAGAGGAUUGGGAGUAAAUCCCCAUUUAUUUUCUUUGCCCCUCUCUUGGGGCUGGAGAAGGGAGGGAAAGGGGCAGCUUGUUCUUGACCUAUUGACAGAAGCAGUACUGAGUGGAGACAAGCAGUCUGCUGGGGGCCAGGUUAAUGAGUAUGUGAUGUUUAGCACCCGAGGGCCAAGAGGCACCAACUGGCCAUAUUAACACAAGACUGAUGAUAGGUGUGUACAACAUAGGACGCAACUUAUUAAUGCUAUCCAAAGAGCCUACACACUAAGGAAGAGACCCUGCACCAGAACUUAUUCAAAUACAACAUGCAUUAUUGAUAUGACAAAUUAAACAUACAUUUCCACAAGGGAAUCCUCAAAUGAGCCAGGAAGCUAGCCUUUCCAGCCUCGUUUAACGCAAACGCACAACAGGGGAACCAUAAACCUUAAAGUCAACAAGCCAAAGUAUCCAACACCCUGACAGAUACACUUACAGUCUAAAGCUAUGUGGGAGAACAUGCUCCAAUGAGCUUAAAACUUUAUUUUGAUCCAAGGAUUUAGAACCUAUUUGUAAUAGAAUACUGUGUUUGAAUAUGUACCCCACAGAGCUUACAGUCUAAUGGUGUAACAGCUCAGCCCCACUGGUAUAUGGCUAAGGCAGAAGGAGAAAGGAAUGUGGUGCUAUGCAGUGGAAGGCUGUGAGCCAUACUGGCCUCCCUCACAAUAUUUAAUCAGCAUUAGACUGGUUGGGGGAGCUGGCUGACUGGCAGGUUAACCCUGCAAAUGAUAUAUAUAUAUAUAUAUAUAGAGAGAGAGAGCAUAUCACUUAUUCUGUGGGUAGAGUAGAAUGUAUCUCUGUAUGUGGGGCUAUGUUUCCUGGCUGUGGGACACUCACACAUUGCUUCAUAUCACCUGGCUCAUUGAGUUGAGUCAUAGUUACUCACAAUCACUUCUCAUCACCUCGGGUUAAGAAGUACAACCUGGGGCCAUUGCGUACGUCUUGUUUGUACACAACCCCCAGAGUGUGAAAGUAUUCUGUGUGACGGCAGGAAAUGAUCGGGAAUUUUCAUAUUUAUUCUGAAUGUUCUCUGAAUUCACGUCAGCACAGGGAAUGGGGAAAUAAAACUGUAAACCUAGAUGUUGGGUUACUUUGGUAACAGAUAAGUGCUAGCUCUUCAGUCUAUUAAAACAUGAGCUCGUGGUACAGUAUUUUUUUGUUGUUUUUUUGGCUAUCUUUAAUAUUUCACUUGGGUUUGUUCAGGAAUUGUGGGAAAAGGGAAUUGCAAUUUUAAACCAACCAAGUUGCCAAGAAAAGCAGCUAACGUAAUUAUUCUUUUCAAACCAUUUUAUUGAGGCCUAGAAAUUCCCCUGUUCAAAUCUGAAAACCUAGUUUAAUCAAGAACAUUUGUUAGUGCCUCGACCUUCGGUGCUCGUUCUGCUAACAUGACCAUAAAUGUUUUGAAUAACAGAUGAUGAAUAGAGUGAGGCUCAUGUGGACCCCCUUUCUUCCCGCAGGUUUCUUUGGGAUGAUUACACCGUAGAAGUGCGACUUAACGACUACUUGGAUAUCGUGUGCCCACAUUACGAGGAGGGCAGUGCGCCCAGUCACACAGUGGAAAGAUACACCUUGUUCCUUGUAGAAUAUGAAGAAUACUCAACGUGUAAACCCAUCUCUAAGGACCAAGUGCGAUGGGAGUGCAAUAAACCCUUCGCUCCACAUGGACCUGAGAAAUUCUCCGAAAAAUUCCAGAGGUUCACACCCUUUACCCUGGGAAAAGAAUUCAAAGAAGGAGGCACAUACUACUAUAUCUGUAAGUACUGCAAUGAGAAGCUGAGAACUUGUUAUAAGAAAAUGGACAGGGUUCGGGGGCUUAAAAAAUAGGAACUGGCAGGACUACUCAGUCAUAGCAGAUUUAGGAGCUGAAGGUAUAGGUGGCAGAGAUAUAAACAGUAUCAGAGGCUCCAUGAAUAUAAGGUGGCAUUAAUCUGACAUCUAAUAGCUGGCAGUUCUAGACACGGGUAGUGGAACUAAGCCGGGCAUAUGUCAGCGAAGCUGGCAGGUUUUAAAAAAGUUGGGAUUUCGUAGGGUAAAAGGCAGCUGUGUUUUGGGGAUUCAGAUUCCAUAAUCUCCCUAUUCUCUGUCUGCUGUGAAAUGAUUCCUUGGCUGGCAGUAAGACGGCACAUGCACGGGCAGGGUACGUAGACGAGGGCUGAGAUCUAGCUGCUAGUCUCAGCAUGUGAAGAAGGCGUGCCCUGUAAUACCAGGGAAGCAGGGUGCUGGGUGACAAUCACGAGAGCUCUGUGAACCCUCUGUCAUGUUUUGGUAAAAGGGUCUGUCUGUAAAUAAAUCUCUCUGCAACACAGUCAGCCACUUCCCAAAACAUCUUCGGGAAGAGGGGGGGGUGUUCCUGUCGGAAAAGUGUCUUCUCAGCAAAUCAGGAAAAAACACAAUGUAUUGUUUGAGUAACUGUGCCCGAGGCGCUGCAGUUACCUGUGGGCUGUCUGCUCUGUGGCUGCUGACUAGGUCUUAUGGUCUGUGUGGUUAUAAUGCCCUAACAGCUGUUCUCAUCCUUUUUUCCAGCCAAACCAAUACACCAUCAUGGAGAGUCUUGCAUGAAACUAAAGGUGCACGUGGCUGGGAAAGCCAGUAAGUACAUUUAUCUCCCUUCUUUACAAGAUGUAGCAGUCCCUUAGUCUUGAACCGCAGUGAUAAACAGAUAAUUGUAUAUGUGUUGCUGCAUGGAUAAAAUCAAAUAUAAAUAUGUGCUGUGAAAUAGGCACAUUACUGGGGUUCUGUGCGAUAAUUCAAGAGUAUUGGCUAAACCUUGAGUUGGGUCAUGUUAAAAUCCGAGUGGCAAAAUUCAGGCAGAAGUAAUCAACAUCUAACUUUAGCAGAGCUGGAGAAUUUUUCCAGAUCAGCUACUUUAGCCUCAGUUUUGCCAUAUGGAAUUUAAUAUUCUACGAUUCAGGGUUUAAUGAAAAAUUCUGGGUGAAUUACUGGACUUCCAAGUUCCGCAAAGUAUUUACCUACCUAUUGCAUAUUACAAUUCUUAUUCCGUGCCACGGGAUCUGAUGGCGCUAUAUAAAUAAUAAAAUAAUAAUGCUAAUGAAAGGAUGCCUGUUUAGGAGAAUUGUGUCCACUGACUAAUCUGCUUCAAAAGGCAGGGUAGCGCUCAUAAAGUGAACAUGUUAAGUGAAAGCUUUUAUAGCCAUACUUUCUGCCUCUGGAGAUGACAUUGUUUUUUUUUUUUUCUCUUCAUUUUUGCAGCUCAGCCGCCCUCCACAAAUGUUCACACCCCGAAAGCCAGAAUCCAAUCAGGUAAGAAGAACUCUCUUGCAGUCAAGUUGGGACAUACAGGGCCAAGAGAAAGAAAUAGGAUUCCCAGCCCAGCCCUAGACACGGGCAGAUCCUCAGAGACUCUCUAGCCCAGCACCCGCCCAUCCUCCCUAAUCCAGAAAAAUAAAGAACAGAUGCUGGCUGCACACUGAGCCUUGGGUCUGCACACUCCCUGCCCUUCCAGUAAAUCAAUAUGAGCAGAAGAACAGAAAUUAGUCUCAUAGCCCUGCACUAGUUAGUGCCUCAGAUAACCAGAUAAAACUUAUUACAGUACUACAGAUUCUGUGUCACUUCUAAUGCAUUGAUUUCUCCUUCAAUUUACAGACGAGCCUUCUGUAGAAUUACCAGGCGUUCUAAAAAGUGUUGCAGAGAACAACUCCCCCAGAGCCGUUUCAUUCUCUGUGCUCUGCCUGCUGAUGCCAAUACUGAUGCUUCUUUGCUUGUGAUGGGAUAGUGACCGGAUCAGGAAACAGAAAGCCAAUGACUGGAACACGUGCACAGGCAGCAUAGACAUUCUUGUGUUAAUCUGGAUUCCACAAUCCUAAACCUCUAAAACACUAGGCGACCAGAUUAUGAGAAGGUCUAAAUAACGCGCAAAGCGUGAAUAUGUAGCACAAAGACAAAAAAUGUAGCCGGAGGGCUGUGACAACUGCCUACCGGGAACUAGAACGAAGAUUCUCGCUGGCAGAGAUCUGCGUUGCUACCCUGGAACAUUUCGAAGAUGUCGAAACGAGUGGGAUCUGUGCAGCUAAUCCCCCUAAGCAACAGUAUUUUUUUUUUUUUAUAUACGAUUUUGAUGUCUUUGCUGGUGUCCGAGGCACACAUGUAUAUUGUAAAUAUGUAAAUGAGUUUUAAAAAGAUUUAUAGUACAGAUAUUUAUAGCAGAGACUGAAUCUUAUUGCAUCCGCAGAGGAACCCUUAGAUUGUCCAACCAGUAGCCCAAGUACCAUUUCACUGUCCGCUAGACCUGAAGGGAGCAACGGCUAUCGAUGCAUACUUCCCAAGGCACAGAAUCCAUAUCGGAGACUCCACUGAGGACUAAAGCAAAUGUAUAUUUGUACAGAAGCACAAAAUGUACAGUUUUAUAGGCCGUAAUCUGACUUUGUUUUUUUAUAAAGAAGGC